AUGGAAAAAUUUCUUGGCAGUUGGAAACUUAGCAAGAGUGAAGGCUUUGAUGCAAUUACAGAGCGCCUUGGCUUCAGUCUAGCGCACAGGACGGCGACCAAGACUCUGCAUCCGGUAAUGACAAUCGCACGCGACGGCGACGGCUACAGUCUCAAAAUGAGCACCACCUUUAAGACUCAUGAGUUCUCCUUCAAACUUGGAGAAGAGUUUGAUCUGACUACGAUGGAUGGAAGACACGUCAAGGUAAGGCCACGGGAAAGCAAAUCAUAAUAUAGGGUUUACAAAGGCAUUGCCUAUUACCAUUAAAAUAUACUGACCUAUACUUUUCUUCAAAAUGAUGAUAUGGUUGAUUCCGGUUGCAAUGUUAUCCUCAAAUAAUAUACGCGUUGGUUAUGAUUAGUAUUUGAUACGAUUACAAAUAUGCUGCUAACAGCCACAUUAUUAAGCGAUGUCAGGAAAAGGGAUGGUAAUGGUUUUCCUAGACGUCAUUUGUUGAAUUACUGUCAAGAGCCUGACACAGUAGACACGGAAGUCACCCGUAUGUUCGUGAACUAUGAAAAAUUCUAAUAAGAAGCUGCGGCCAUAUAGACUGCCGAUGAAUAUGUCAGAUUAACAUCGCAUUAUUUAGUCUCGGUGUAUUUUAUAGAGAAGAUAUAUCUCCAGUAUAAAAAUGUUCAUGAAGGAGCUCAUAACUAUUGUGCGUUUAAGUGAACUAUAUUUAAUGCAUUUUAUAUGCGGCGUUUGGUUUUUAAACCAUAUAUGUAGUCAAAGAUAGCCACUUUUUCAGAAAAUGUGGCAAUGGCGGAUUCGCCCCUUCCACAUGCAUCUAUGUUCCCAUACUUUCAUCAUUAAAUAAAGUUUGGCCCAACGAGGGUUGGAUCACUGUUUAUGUCAAUUUCUCGAAAUUAUGAAAGUGCGUCUUCUCUACCAAUGCAGACAGCCAAACGUUUCUUACAAAGGCAUGUCUAUUUUGUUUGCAAUUAUGAUUUGGCCGUGCCAAACUGUUGUUUUUCCCCUACCUACUCGUUUGACCUUAAAUAAGAAAAUCAGAUCCUUCGAUUCAUUUGGCAAAAAAUCCCUUUGAAUUUACGUUGAAUUAGGUUUUCAUGCAAAGACUUAUAAGCUCCGUUUGCAGACUACAGAAAAAUACAUCAAUUUAUCGUGGUGCUUUUUUACAUUUUGCAGUCAAUAUUUACACUGGAAGGAGACACCCUGAAACAAGUGGACACCGGUGAGAAGAUAACUUACAUCGACCGCGUGGUUGAGGGAAAUACCAUAAAAUUGGUGAGUUACUAUAUUCGCCCCUCUUUAUCUUUAAACUGUCACAUACACAAGUCGGACGAAAUGACAUUUUAAAUAAUAGAUGUUGGCGUUAGAUGCGCACUUAUACCUUAUUGCAUGCAUUUCUCUACGGUGUUAAAAAGAGACCAUAUAAGGUUCAUAAAAUUAAGCAGUCGAUUUGAGCCAUAUUGUUAACUUUACAAGCCACAUUCGUAAAUGCAGAUACAUGACGUUUCAUGAACGGCCAUUUAACGGUAUUAAAAAGUCUCACAAUUAGAAACUUUUUUAAAACCGAAUUAUACUCUUCUUGUGAGUAUAAAAGUGGAAGAAGACGUGAUUUUCUACCGAAUAAGUAAAAGAAUGAAUAUUUUCAUGCAUGUUUUCCAUGAAAUAUAAUUGAAUUUUCAAGGGCAUCGAAAAUCAAUGAAAAAAUUGCAUGCUACUUAAGUAGUCAUUUUUUGCAAAGUAUAGAUCUUGCAUGCAACCGAAAAUAAGUUCUUUCGAAAGCCGAAACCCUGAGGUAACUGGAUCAUGAUAGAUUUAUGCUGCAUCAUACUUAGUUUUACAACACUACUUAAUUUAUCUUUUCGAAACGAGAACGCAUUUCGAAAUUUUGGUUGACAUUUCAUGAGUUAGCACAACUACUGUAUUUCAAGGAAAACUAACAUCAUAACUUAAACUCCCAUGAACUGCCAAGAACCUCUCAGACGUAAGUUGACUGAGCUCAUCUUCUGUUAGAGUAAUCGUUUCACUCUGACGGUGACCGGCUUUGUAGAACCAUCUACAGGGCAUUACGAACUAGUACCAUACAUGACGUGGCCAGCAGUUUCGAUCCCUCGGAAAAUGGAGCUGUUUCAAGCCCUUUAGACUUCGAAGUCUGAAAGGCGUUACGACAGCCUGAUACCAUGCACAUUUUAUGCGCCUGCAAGUUUAGUAUUUUGCUAAGAAAUUUACUCCGGAAAGCAUUAGGCAAAUUCAAAUAAAAAACAACUAUAUUUGCGUGCGGUAGACUUGGUUGAAGACAUAAACAGGGCAUUAGAGGGUGAUAUAAGGCUUAAGACGGUCGUUUGACAAUAAACGGGCAGGUUGAAGGAUGAGGAAUCUUGGCUUGACAUGCGAAACGACAGAAAACUGUUUUACUGAAUAACUGAGUCUUGCCUUCUGGCCAGCCGAGUGAACGGUGGGCGUAAGACAAGCAUGACCUGUUCAGCUCACAAUCCUGCUUUUUAACCUAUGUUCCGUGAAAAGCAUUUAUUAGCCAUUAAGAAAUUUCGCACGCACUGACCAAGUAGAUAGGUUCGAACAAAGUUUGGUCCCAUGAAUAUCCUCUAAUCCCAAAACGGCAAAAUCCAGAAAAGACUGGCCUUUGGGGGCUGGCUUCGUUCUCAAGAUAUGCCUUUUCUAUUUUAAAAUCAUCGUUCAAAUCCGUUAUGAAAAAUAAAUGAAGGAGCAUGAUGCGUAAGCGGUGGCGAGGCCAGUUAACUGCGACGUUUUUGCCACGUUUUUCGCCAAUAUGGGCAUUAUGCAUUAAAACUGAAUGAUCGUCUGUAGCCCAGUUUUUCGUGAUAAAGAAUGUUUCCCCUUUUAGCCAAACAUACCAAUAUUAUCACGAUAAAAUCGGUGUUUAAAAAACAUUUUGUAUUUUAGACCACACGCGUGGACGAACUGGUCUCCGUUCGAUAUUACACCAAGGUGUGAUUGUGCGAUCUACAAUCAGUUAUUAAUAAAACUUGGAAGUGGUGUCAUUCACUCUUAUUAUAUUUGGCAUAAAAAACAUUUUGGUUAAUUAUGCUUAUUCAUGGAAUGUGACGAAUCCAAAAAAUUCCGAGAGAAAAGUAAAAUUCUGCAACUUUCAUCGCCGAUUGGUAAUGACAGAAAAAAAUCCAUAUACACAGGCGGUGAUAAGGUGCAAUAUUCCUAUCGAACAUGCUUUCGUCGCUAUCGGAUCGGUUGAGUUUGCAAAUAGCUUUAAUUCACUAGGCGUAUUUUCUUGGCAAAGUGCAUGUCCUCUUUAAAAGACAAUUGGCGGUAUCUUCAGACACGCUGCUAAUUCAUGUCGUUGCAACAUCUUUAUCAGGCCGCAAUCCCUGCUAGAGGUGAUAAUCACGUAAUCCGCGAAUUACUUUGAUUAUGAUUCACUGGGCACCAGUAUAUGAACAAUUCAAUGAACUCCGCCUUUCAUAUUCGGUGGCUAGGCUUAGUUUAGACGCCGUAAUAAGCUAAGAGGGGAGGGCAAAGACGAUCACGAAUGGUUGGCUGAUGUCUCGGCAGUCAUCACACCAACAUAAAACAUUCGUGAUGAAAUUGUAACAGCUGUAAACUCGAAUGAGGAUUGUCGGACAGGCAUCCCACCAAGUGCAGAGCUCCGUGAUAGGGGAGCCGUGAAUGUUAAUAAGUACUUGGCAAAAUAGCGAAGGCUUUCCAUAAAAACUGCAGCACAAUGUUCAUGAAAUACACGUAUUUGGUAUUGUUUCUAAUAGCGGGUUCAGGUGUUAUACCGAAACGUUGGAAAUCAACUAAGCUCUUGUUCCUUCGAUUUUCUCUCAUUUUUAACGACUACCUUCAUAGAACUCGUCUACGAGGGCGCUUAACUUCUGGAAUGUCCACGGAUUAAAAUUAACUUGUGAAUUCUGAGGCGCCAUGGCGUGAAACAUCAAAAGCUGAACUUGGCUUUUUUAAUGUAAACUGCUUGUCUGCCAGUGAUAGGCACAAUUCUUACGCUAGGUGGGUUAACCCAUGAAAUGUCAAGCAAAAUUCCGAAAUGCAUUUUCGUUACGAAAAGGGGGGUUUUUAAAGUAAUUAUCGUGCAGCAUAAUUGCAUAGUUAUUCAGUUAUUCUAGAAUGCCGACUUUAGAACGGACGUAUUUCUGGCCGCAUGCUUCAUGUAUGGUCGCAAAAUGACUCCUUAUGUGGCAUACAUGUUUAUCAUUGAUUUUCGAUGUAAAUUUCAUGGAAAACAUGCAUAAAAAUAUUUAUUAUCUUGCUUAUUUGGUGGUGAAUUACGUCUUCUACCGAUUUGCAGGCGUAUUCUCGACCUAGUUCUCCUAAAGUAAAACUGCAUAUAAUUCGUAUAGGUUUUGAAUUCUCAUCAGAAUGCUGCACUAUAUAACUAUUAGAGUAAACUUUUUGUGAAAAUCAGACAAAAAAUUGCAUUUUUUAUGUCGGUGGGAGGAAUGUUCAUUUCAGUGCAACAUGUGUUGUGACGUUAAAUUCCACAGUGUGGGUUACUCCUGUCCCCUAACACCAGGUUUAACUUCAACAAUUAGCCAUGUACCACCUCUCAUAACCCUAUCCAAUCCUUAAUACCAUCCCUAACCCUAAUCCUCAUCCUUAACCUAAGCACGUCAAAUAUGGAAGACAACAUUCCCGCGCGCACCCAUAAAUUUUUAUGAUAACAUGUCAUAUGCCGUUAAUUGCAUUACCGAAAGAAAACUUCACAUAUGACAAAACAGGAAAUAAAACGUUCAGUUUAUUUUUAAAUUAGCCCUUAAAUAUGACGAACAGCCAAACACAUAUGGUAAAACUAGACGUUAAGUUAGUAAGUGUCUUACUGAAAUUUAGGAUUAUUUUUUUUUGUGACAUUCAACAAGAAAGACAAAAAAUUCCACGUCAUUUUCUAUAAGGCCACAUUAAAACUAUCUUUACCUUGUCUUAUCGGUGAAAUAAAUGCAAAUGAACAAUUAAUAAAUAAAUAAGACUUCAUCAGACAUAUCUGCAUGUCUAGCAUCUUAAAAAAUUUAGAAAAUAUCAUAACCAGAAUCAUGCCACUUGACUGUGGGUAGUGCACACCAAAAUUCCUGAUUGACGCUUAAAACGCUAGCCCUAUAACCAAGAUACCAAAUACUGCAAAAGCAAACUUUGUUUUGCAGUAAAUUUCCCCUAUGUUCCUACCAAACUAGGAAACGUCUACGAAUGGUUAGUGCGGUUAAACAUUAAUUUAAAAAUUUAUGAUGCAAGAAGACUCUUAAAGGAGACAAAUGAAAUAGUCCUGAAAAGCAAAAAAACAAUUAGACGACAUGCCUUUUUUUUCAACAUCAAAAAUCCUCCAGAGGGUAACGCUGUACUCCAUCGCCGUUGGAAACGAAGAGAUGAGUCCUAGGAUGCAGUCGUAAGGAAGGAGACAAGAUCGGUGGCACAGGUACAUUGUUUGCCGGACAUUUGGGAUUCCUGCUCAAACCAAUCAACAGAAACAACACAUACGGGUGGUUCAUGCAAAAGGAGCAGCAGAAAUUUAUAGGAUGCAGUCACCAUGCUACCGCAUACCUAUGAAUAUUUACGAUUCUCCCCCCCCUCUCCCUUCAUCAGAAAUCGAAGCACUCGGUGUGAUGACUGUUAAACGGCCGACUUUCAAGUCGUUAAUUGUUGCAAUUUCAUCACACGUGUUGGAUGUUGGUGCGAUGAUUGCCCUACAGUCUGACUUACCGACCCUGGUGUUGGAAGCAGUGUUCACCUGUGUGCUCCUCGCGUUACUACUUACACGACCUAGGCGAGGUCUCAGCACUGAGUAUGGCAGGCGAAGUUCGCUGCACUUGUUAAGGGACUAGGGGUCAGUAAACCACGAUUCAGUCAGCAUCCGACUCACGCGGUUCUAACCUCUGGCGGAAAUUUCGGUCUCGUGGAAUUUGAAUAUGUGGCUGGAUUUCAUGGAAUCAACCACGAUUCCAGCGCUGUCGUCAUUUAUCCGCACGGAUUCAGCGGGUUCGGCCAAGCGCGUUCUGAACUGUCUUCUGGUUUCUCCGACGUAGUUGAUUUGACCUUUUGUCUCUUUUUGUGUAUCCACCCGUUGACGAAGUUGCAGGUGUAACCAUUGGCCCUGAAGCCCCGUCGGAGUUAUUAUACAUAGGCAAUCUUGCUUUUGGCUCACUGCAGUGCGUUUCGAUAGGCCGAUAAAGUGUCGCUUAAUAAUUAAGCUUGUGGCUCAUUGAGUGGUUGUCAUUGAAUUUCAGUACUUUCAUCGUAUUUGUCGCUUUCCUGAAGAAUUUGGCCUUUAGUCCACCACAAUUCUUCCGGCAUACGAGGACAUCCAUAAAGGCCAGCUGAUGGUUCUCUUCCUCCUUCAUCCUAAAUUGUAUGUCCGGGAAGACCGCAUUCAGACGUUCCUUGAAUGUCAGCAGUUGAUACCGUUCGAUGAUUACAAGGAUAUCAUCCACAUACCGAGCCCAGACUUUCGGUCUGUGGUAUUGGAAGACCAGCGACUCUAACCAUCGAAGGACCGCCUCGGCGAUUUGUCGCAAACUCGGCGAACCCAUUGUGUGCCGUCCACCUGUUCGCAGACUGUCCUGUCGAACGGGAAUUGAGUCCUUUGACAGCGUUUUAGGAGCUGUAGGACUUUGGCGUGUCCAAAACGAUUCGCCUUUCAUCCUAUUUACUUUUUAGACGCAGCUCUACCGCCAGAUCCUGGAGAAUAAAAGGGAAAAUGGACGUGAUAUCAAAGGAUAUUAUGACCUCAUUUGGAUGGUGGCUUACACCUUUGAGCUUCUCCAGAUAUUGUGCUGAAGAACAGACCGUGGUAUCUGACUCAGCGGUUAGGAACUUGAUACAUAAUCAAUCGAUUUCCUUAGCAGACUUAUGAGAUACAUUAGUGUCGCUCUUAGACACAACGCGAUGUGGUUGAUGCUAGUAAAACGGGACAAUGAUAAGUGUACAUACCUAUUUCUAUUGUUUGGGGGGCAUUUACGUCAUGGAAACCUUAUUAAAUACUGACUGAAAAAUGUUUCGUGGUAUUUUAAAUUGAAAAUUUCACUUGUUUUUACAUGGAGCCGUGAAAAUAUGGUAGAUUCCUCGGACAUACUUCAGCCCCAGUAUUCUUCAAUGAAUUCAACCAAUCAUCAUAUUACCGGUUUUUCUAAACGUAAUCAUUACAUUAUAUGCACACCAGGACCUUUAGUUGAAAUCGUGUCCAAUUUUACUCUUGAGAAAUUGCAACAGGUUUUAAACUAUGAGAGUUGGUAGAAGAAAUCUGAUUCAUACCGCACGCUUUACCAACGAAAUCCAUAUGAUUACAUGUCACUAUAAUCACUCAGCUAAGGAUACUUACUGGUUAAUUUACACGUCGAUCUGUUCUUUAGUAUAGCUGAAAGUGUCAAAAGGAUAAUUAGUUCACAGGAGGAUCAGAAAGCAGUCCUCGAAUAAAGCAGGCAGCUUAGUGCCUCCCUGCACGCCUAAAAGUGCCACAUCGGGGCCUUAAACAAGGACAGAUAUGCGUACUACUUAAGUACUUCGCAUACGUUUUCCCUAUCCAUAGUAAGGGGCUUUUAUGGAGACAAAUGCGGCCCCUGUACAGGCAUCAGGUUUAAGCGGAACGCAAAUCAGUGAAGAGUUAUACAAGUGUACCUUAGUCUGUAGCUUAUGCUGGGUUUGGUUUAGUUUCUAAGAUUGCAUUCAGACGAUGUAUUCUUUCUACUGGUUCAACACCUGAAGUUUUCAAAAAACCCACAUAACUGUCACGAUUAAAGAACCUAGGCAUUGACUUAUCUGCCUCAACAAUGAUUCUCAUAACGCUUAUAGUCGUUCACUCCGACGCGGCCUCAUACUCAGCAGUGGAAACUCCUUCUUUCAAGUCUUUCUAAUAUAUUGUUGUUCAAAUGAAACCUUUUGGUGAACGUGUAACUGGCAUUCGCAAGAUCAAACUUAGAAAAUAUAGUCAGAAUAUAAGCCGUAGAGUGCCGCUGUUGCUAGUUUGACAGAAACGGCGAGCAGACGACUGCCAAAUACCAGAAGGUGUCAGACUUAAAUGAGCACUUUUAGCGCAUCAAAAGUUAACGCUCAGUCAUUCAGCAUGUCGACAAGCCCUAACAUCUAUUAAUCGUGUUGAUGUUGCUUGCUCAACUUGUUUCUGCCUUUGUUGUAUAGCCGCAUAGCACUGCGUAGGUUCGAGCACCCUCUUAAAACUUGAGUAAUAGCUUACAUUUGCAGCCAAAAUCCACUUGAGGACUCGUAAUCACGGUCAUCCCGCGUGAAAAAAUUGCUCGCAAUUUUACUAUGAUAUCAUCCGCCUGCAUGUUGUUCAGCUAAUGCCGCUAGGAAUGAAUCCGUCCUGUGUCCUGUUUGAAGCUCCAAACAUCUCAGUUGAUUGUGAAUCACAAAACUGAAACAAUGUGGGCGUAGAGCUGACCCCCAGCGAACUGGUAAGCAGUACAAACAUUAAGAGCUUGGUAAUGGCAUGACGGUAAACGCCAACCCAUUGAAUUACGACAGAAAUCUACAAUUGGGCAAGGGGGUUGAGCAGGACUCACUUGAUGGCCAAAGAUUUGUUGGAAGUCAUGAAACUCAUGAAACUUGUUUUCUUAUACUUUUAAAAAACUGCCUUCUCGAAUGCAGCCUUUCCUGAAAACCCAAACACCUAAUAAGCACGCUUCUUCUAUCAGCUUCGACAAAAUGGAACGGUUAAACAAAUAUCCUUUGCGUCAUCUAACGUAUUCGUUUUUUGAAGUUCUAAGUUAUCGAUUAGUGUAAGAUAAAACCCCUGGCGACCAACUCGUAAUUAGAAAAUGAACGCCAUCCCUAAAAAUGAUUAGGUUUCUACUUUAAAAAACAAUGCAAAAUAUGUUUCAACAAAAUAUCCCCGGUUAUAUUCCAACAGGGAUUGAAUACGUAAGCCAGCUGAAAAUGUACAGCACAGGGACUCAUCGAAUACAGCAAUGGUGUUUACAUUCGUUUUACCAUCGAAAUAGAAAUAUAUCACAGCCAAGGGAAACUGCGAAGACGUUUAGAAAAAUCUCAUACCUGCAACACGAUUGUUUAAUUACUUCAAUUAGGUAUCUGAAAAGACAAUGAAAUUUGAAAGAUGCGGAUUACUGACCUGUAAAAGAGCAGAAAGGAGGCAACAGCGGAUAUUGGUUAAAUACGUCAGAAGAAAUUAGGUUGUAUGCGGUACGUCGGCCUGCAACUUAAUCUAACACUUACCUGAAGCUUAGUCUCCAACAACACUUCAACUCGUUUCCUCAAGCUCUGCGAGACACGUGAUUUCAAUACAGCAUGCUUACUGAAAUCCAAAGAGUAGGUGUUUUUACUUACAGGUCUCCAGGCAAUACUUCCUCACAAGCUCGAAAGCAUGUAUAACACGUUUAUGUUAUUCGGACUAUCGGAUUAGUAUGCGUGGGACAUGCAGGUGCAUAGAGUUACAUGCAUUUUGUACCUAGGAUUUGAGAAUCGAUGAACAUUUAUCGCAGAAAUAUGGUUCUGCCCUUCGCAGAUGCUCACUAUGAAUGCGCAGCUGUCGUCCACGAACCCCCUUAUAGCGCGUAGAUAGUGUUAACUCAGAGAAGUGAGGGCGAACAUCUAUGUGCGAUUUAUUCAUUUAUUUUUGAGAACAAAUGAUUUCAGUUUAGUUUUAUUAAAAUAUAGGCUACCGCCUUUAGAUUUCCUAUUAGUUGCAAAUGGUCUGAGAAAAGAACAAAUAAGCAGAAAGUUGAUAGAGAAGGAGAUAUUGUGUACAUGCGAAAAGCAGGCCAUGGCUGUUAUUUAUAACGAAUGAACAUAUAAAGCAACCCACCUUAUGUUAGUAAUAUGGAAUUGUACAAUAAAGGUUGAGUUAUUUGAGUAUGUGCGAGGCUAGUAAUUAGGAAGCCCGAUACACGUCGAGUCUAUACUUAAAUACAUCCACACAUGAUCAGAGUAAGACAUCAGUAAGCAGGCCGUUCAAUAUUGUUACCAAACUGUUACUUAAAAAAUGUCGUCCUUUAUCCUUGCUUUCCUAACGCGCGGUUUUAAUGUAUGACCGCGCAAAGUGUGCCAGUUAGUAGGUUUAUUAUGGGAUCACCGCGUAGUUUUCUGUGGGGAAAGGAAGCAGGUUGGAAGUUGACAGUCUAGUUUCAUAGGAAAUACCCCCAGACCUUUAGUUUUGUUUGAUGCUUGCCUCUGGACCUUCUCUAUGAGGGUAUAGUCCUCGACAACCCAAUGUCUCCAUGCCUGUAUUGCGUAUUCCAAAUCUGUCCACAUAAGGCUAUCAAACAUUUUCAAAAUCUGUCUUCGUCCACACCAAUAAACACUCGACAAAUGACUUGCAGUGUGGACGCCUUGAACCAUUUCGAUGAUGGUUUGAGUGAGGAUGUAACCAACACAUUCAAUUCCCUCUGAAUGCUAACUUGUUGCACUGACGUACCGGGAAGUAAGCAAGUCCUGACCCUGGAGGUACUGCCGAUGUUGAGUUGAAAAGAUUUGCACUUGCUUAUAUUGAAGGCAUAAGUCAGCGCUUUGACACGUCUUCAUGCCUAUUUAAGUUUGUUGAAGGGUGGUCUCCGUUGGCUGCAACGCGAAUAAUUCCCACAAUCUUAUGUCGUAAGCAAACAUGAUGACAUCACAAUUUAGGUCCCUGACGCAGUCAUCUGCGGAAACAUCUAAUAACGUGAAGUCUAAGACCUGUGGGACGCCACCCACUGCGUUUACCUCUGGAUACUGCUGGAGCCAGAACUGCACUAUUUGGGACCGCCCAGACAAAAAGUCUGGAUCCAUACAAACGGGAUUUUACGGAUUCCCGCGUUGAGCAGUUUUAGCAAAAGACGAUGAUGAGAAACGCUGCCAAAGGCUUUUAUUAUAGUCGGUGAAGAUGGCCUGCACCGGAUUGCCUUUUUUGCGUGCUUUGGCAGAGCAUUCGAGUGAAAAGAGCGGAUUCAUACGACAAAACCUACCACUUCAAAAGUCGUACUAGGCAUCGGAAAAGAAGCGAUGCUACUAGAGGAACUUCAUUAACGCCUUCUCAGUGAUUUUUCCGAAAUUUUGCAAUAAAUGACAGUAGGGCUCGCUGGCAUGUAGUCAAUCGCUAGUCCACGACUUUCAGGCUUAACAAGCGGAGCGAUGGUAGUGGACUACCAAUCAGAGGGUAGGCAUCCAAUAUCUAAUGACGUUUGGAGAGAAAGGUUAGCGCUCUGGCUAAUUCUGUAGCAGGCCCCUUCAGCAGAUUGAUCAAGAUCGCAUGUGGGCCUCAAAACGUUGAUUCCUCUAGGUUUAUUAACUGUUUUCGGAUGAUUGCCUAGACAAAGAGGACUAGUUCAAUGGAAGGCGUUUCUCCGCCUUCAAAUCGCUUGGAAAAUUUCGGGUUCAUUCGUUACGACCGUCUGAAAAGCCUCAGAAAGAUGUUCAGUCUUAUUCAUGUCAUCUAAAAUUUCUGCAAUCUCGGCCGUUCGCAACAGUGGGGUUGAGUUUUUGUGUCGUGUACUCUGCCUUAUAUAACUGCACUGGACUUUGGGAUUAACUAGUACACUGUUCAAAAGAUCCUUUUUCCAUACCUACCGAUCUCUCACGAUGGAAAUGUUGACCCGGUAUCUCCGUAACUUAUAACGCUCUAAGGAUUCAGGCAUCUGGUCAAGAAAGCAUCUUUUGUAAAGUUUCCUCAUCUUGGUAACUUCUUUUUUAGGAUGGAGUCAACCAGUGGGUUCUAUUCGUUGGUCGUCUUUGUAGGAUUAGGCAGUGGCUAGAGAUAAGUCUAGGGACUGGCUCGUUUAACUGACGCCAAGCUUCCUCGAUGUCGUCGGAGAUUGUGGAUGCUCAAUAAAUAGGACAAAUAUUUCUUUCUAUCAGUUUGAAAUCAACGCGUCGGGAAUUAAAAUAAAGCCGUUGCGCAAACAGGGAGAAUAAGGUUUACUUUCACAUGUGAACUGCCUUGUGACUCCUACCAAACGGGGGGAGGGGGGUAAUUCACAACAUUGAUGUUAUCAGAUGACUUAAUGAACACGACGCCAGGAAAUUUCACGUGUUGGGUAAGAAGUAGAUUGCCGUUGGUAUGGAGUAGCUGGAGGAAGAAUGCCGUUUUAGAGCAGUCGACGAGGUGGAGCUCUAUUCGAUAUAAAAAAACAUUAAAGUCACCAAAAUGAGUUUAUUUAACCGCUCAUUCCGCAUUUGUGCACCAGCUUCACAUUGAGUUCUCGGCGAAUAUUGCACCGUCAAACUAUCGAGGCCCUGAGAGUUCGGUGUUCUGGUAACCACCCAUAAUGCCUUAAUAUUAUAAGCCGGCUCAACACUUUUUUCAAACAUACAAGCCUUUCUUACAAAUGUUGUUAGACUUCCAACCCUUCUCUUUUCACUGUCUCUGCGAAACAGUUAAAAUGUAAGAUGUAUAAGCUCCCGAUCAUUAACCUGUUCGGAUAACCUUGUUUUUGUUAAUGAGUUAAAGUAUAAGUAGAGGCCAUUGAUACGGAAUCGGAGAUCACCAACAUUUAAAAGUACACUUUUCGCGUUUGUAUACAUGAAUGCGAGAUCGGAACCAAUGACAGACCAGUUAACAACCCCGAAACGGGCAACUGGACUAUCUGUGCGGUCAUUUGGGUUGGCUUUAUCCGAAAGGCAGCAGUAUGUAGUUUUACUAUUUGGUAUUUACGGAUUAUCAACUUCUUUGGUACGCCAUGCUCCCAUUUCCAUAUUAAGUUCGUCGCGUUUCAGCUUAAUCCGUCAGACCUUCUCUUGACUGCGUCUUUCUCCGACAGCUAUUAUCUUGUAUAAUAUUUUAUUCUCGACACUAGCGCAUAAAGACAUGGGAAAUGUAGAAGUUUACGAUCCACGAGUCCCGCGGAAUGAAAAUAGGGCGCGAGGAGUGGGAGUUGAUCCCCCAACCCUGGCCUCAUGUGGCGAGCGCCUAAACGCGUCGGCAAUCGACGCCGCUGGCGUACCUCAAAUAUUAUUAAUUGUAUUAGCCGCAUAGUUCAAGGAUAAGUCGGACUUAGCCAUGAAAAUAGUUCACUAACAAGUGCACAUGAACCAGCGCCGAUUCACAUCGCACAGAGUGGAUCUAAUAAAAGCAAUACGCCAGAAGUGGCUCAAAGUAGGACUGAGGUGCCCCGUAACAAAAAUUAUCAGCGAAAAUUCGCCACGAUUACACAGGAUUUUCUACCAGAUAUUGAAAAUUAAAACCGUUAUGCGCGAUGUAAAUAUUGUCGAGAUCUCGCAUUGAAUGUUACCUCGUUGAAUACGAAUAUGGACCUCUUCAUAGAUCACAUUGCAUUGUUACUAAGGUAUGAUGACUUUAAGCCAAUCGAUGAAUUCUGCACCAGCCAACAGGUAUUUUCGAAACUGACAGAGUUGAAUAACAGCAGCUCACUAAUAGAAGGAUUACCGUUUAAGGAGAUCGCUGGCUGCAGAAAUAAAAAGUGCUUGGAGAAGAGAUAAACGACAAAAUGCACAUAAUACCUCACGCUCACCAACAACAGUAGUAAACGGCACUCCAAAAUCACAAAAUAAUUUGGGAAGGUAUAAAGACAGUGCACACUCAUCAGAGGGAAUCGCGGAGAAAAUAAGAAGGCUUUAUAUUAAUCCGCCUCCGAAGUGGACUACCACGGCCCCCCGCAAUGACACCGCGGAGAGACAGGCGAUAAAUAAAAAGACUCAGAUCGUUCACAUAACACUACUGUCACAUUAAGAGAAGAAGUUAAGUCAAAUCGGACUGAUGACUGAAAAGGGAGCGACAGAAAUAGGGCGACUACGAAGUACUCGAAGAAAAAACUUUCUUGAAAAGCAGAGCUCGUCUGAGCAAUCGACAGAAACCUCCAGCGCCGGCGUAGACACAAACGCGACAAAUGCGAAUAUCCUCUUUACUGACAUACAAUACAGGAGCAGUAUUGCCAAAAACACGAUACCAUUAAUUCAAGAGAAGGUCCAUAGAGUGGAUGGCAAUCAGAAUAUCGUCAUGAAUAGUUUGCCAGGAACUCUAAAAUCACCAACACCAGGCAAAAAGAUCGGCCAAUUAUAGCACAGUGUCCAGUAAUACAGGGAGUUCAGAAGGCAAACGCAGACACACCUAAAGAACGCGUACUAGCUGAUCUCGACAUGUUGUAAGACCUUCUAAAUACAAUGCUUUAACCCAACGAAGAAGCUUUCGUGCUAAAAACCUUCAGAGUGGGGAACCGCACUUUUGAGCGCGCUUUUCCACCGCAUCCCAGACCCCUUAAAAUUGCUCUGAGUUGCAAAGAGCAUGUUGAUCUCAUACUCUCAAGACGUUUUAAGUUAAACUAUUUUCACAAAGGAGUUUUUUCAGCCGGAUUACACACCACCGGAGCAGUUAAAACGCCGAGAGUUUGUCCAGGCGCUAAGGCUGCGUGAACAGAGUGGCAAACAAAGCCUGGUUAUCUACAGCAACUGUUUAAUAGAGCGGCCAUCCCGGUUAAUAUGGACACGGACCGUGCGUAUGUCGGCACAUCUGAGGCAAAUGACAAACGCGGCGACAUAGCCGGCUUACCAAAUGCAGAAAAGCUAAAAUGCUUAUAUUCCAAUGCGCAGAAGCUGCUAUAUAAAUAAGAUGAGCUUAAGAUCUACACGAACCAAACUUUGCCCGAUGUAUUUUCCAUAACUGAAAGGUGGCUUUCCGCGACCGUAGACGAUAGCAAAGUCGCUUUAUCCCGUUAUCAUUUGUUCAGAAGGAACAGAUUGGGACUUUAAGAUGGGGACGUACUCAUAUAUGUUAAAUAUGUUUAUUUUGCGUCAGAAAAAAGAGUGACAAUUUGCGUGCACAACUGGCACAAUUCAGCUCACCAUCAAAACGCCGGGAUUACAGGCUUUUGAGAUCCUGACGGUCUACCACCCACCAAGAAACGACCCUCAGUAAGACAGCAGUCCAGUAGAGGAAAUAGAAGCGAUCUCGAUCUAACCCAAUGGAGUGACUUAUCCAACGCGAGCUAAUGCAGUUUUUAGAGCAACAUCAUCUUCUAUCUGAUGCACAGCAUGGUUCCGCCGAGGAAGGUCCUGCAAAACCAACCUACUCUUCUGUCUUGAACAGUGGACUUCAACGAUCGAUGAGGGAUAGGUAGUGCCUGUAGCCUAUAUAGACUUCAAAAAGGCCUUCGACGACGUGCCACACGAACGACUCCUAUACAAGCUCAGCCAAAUACGGCUAACAGGCAAGCUUUUGCAGUGUAUCGGUUGGUCUCAGACUGUCCGUCUUGGUGUUAACAAUCGGCAGAGGUGACGGUUACGAGCGGGCUACAUCAGGGCAUCGUUUUUGGCCCCAUCCUUUUCCUCACCUAUAUUUAUGACUGCAUCCAUUGGUUGGACUGCGACAUUGUCAUGGUUGCCGAAGAUAUAAAGCUUUGGACCGUCAUCCGCAACGAGGGCGAUGCAGCAAAUGUACAGGCAAACUUAGGCCGACUCAAACCAUGGUCAGGCCACAGGCUCCUUCCAUUUAAAUAGUAUCAAAUGUAACAUUCUGAGAAUUGGCAGAACCAGCUCUGCGCACUAGAAGACGUACUAUCUAAAUCCCACAACGCUGCCACUGGUAAAGGUUCUGAAGUAUCUUAAUAUGUGGAUAACAUGUUCAACAAAGCCAUAAUUUUACUGCUUGAAUAUAGGGAAAUCCGCAUUAUCCAGCUUAUACCUCAUCAAGCGGGCAUUUGCAAUGUUCGACGGGGAGUUCGUUCGCAAUGUCUUCGGGAUAAUUUUUGCGUCUAUAGCUAGAAAUUGCAAUUUAGGCCUGCAGACCUUGGUUUGUCAAUGAUCGUACCUCCCUCGAAACCUCGACGGGCAACCAAGCUUUUCAGAGGUCAUAUAAACCUAACUUACGAAACUAGACUGUCAAAUCGUGACCUCUUUCCCCUGUGCUACAGACAACUACGUGGUAGGUUUAUUCAAACAUUUCGAAUGCUACGGAUUCAUAAUUGCUGCCUCGCAUCCCGCGACUCCUUUGAGCUGGCGACCACUGCUAGAUUGAGAGGUCAUCCACUGGAGCAUCUUAUGGUAAAUGCGAGAGUAAAGGCAAAAAGGCCCUUCCACAGCCACGGAGUGGUAAAGGCAUGAAAUGCCCUGCCUGUGGUCGUCAUCAUGUCCUCAUCCGUGGACAUAUUUAGGAAGAAGCUUGACCAGUACAGGGAUAUGUACCGCCAAGGCAUCAGAUCUGGCAAAUGAAUUCCUGUACUAGCCCCCCUCCCCGAAACCUAACUAUAAAACACGUGAUGCCACCUAUAUGUAAGAAGCAUUACUUUUAAAAUGAAUCAUCGGUCAGCGGCAUCUGCAAUAGAAACCCAUGUAAAGGAAUCUGACGUCUAGCUUGGUCGUACCACCGCAAUUUACACAAAAACCGCCAAUUCUGAAGUCGAAGACAUAUCAUUUCUACUAAAACCCACUUAAACGCAUGAACAUUAGGGAUGAUUUUUAAUUUGAAAUAACGUUGCGAGUAUGUCCUUUUGACGAAUUUACAUGUGGUUUAUGUGAUCUAACACAGGUCAAUUUGAAAGGUCAUCUGAUGAAAUCGACACGAUCAAUUCAACUGAGUGAUGCACUACCACAUUUCGAAGAAGUCCAAAUAAAAAUCUUACGAGUAAGUACAUUGGCAAUUGCCCUUUAGUGGUACCUGUUGUGUGCAUAACUUUGCAUGCUGCCUAAGGGUCGUUGCAAAGGUUCAUUUUUAUGGAGAUACUGUUCAAUAAAAAUAAGUUGGUUUAGAAAAGUGUGAUGAACCGAUACGUAAACAUUCUACCUGUAAUAUGCUAAUCGAGAUAAUGUGCCUUUAUAAUAUGUUAUCUUGAGGGUAACUAAGUGCGACAAAAGCAAUCUUAAUCACAUAUGUCCUUCCUAGAUUAUAUUUUGCCGGAAAAUCAGACUUACAGUAAUCUAGGCGUUGCACGAAUUUCAGACCUACGAGAGAUGUAUGCCAGAUAGUACCUGUACCGUUACUGAUAGCCAGAGUAUUAAAUGACGCACUCUAAUGACCCAGCUGGAAAUGCUGGGAAGGUUGCAAAGAAGGACGUCAUGGCAUGCAUGAGGCUUCAAAGUCGUCUUGCUAAAAAGGGAACUGUACGACUAUUUGAAGUGUCUAACCUCGACAAACGGGUAAGCAUCUCGCAUGUAGGCUGUAUUUAUUCAUGUGCAGAUGAUUUCGACGGCAAAACCUGAGUUUAUCUGUCAUUAAAAGCCCGAGAAAUGAAACAGCACUAUGGAAUCCGAUGAAUAAAUAUCGACAGAUAUUUUUAUUUAGCAAAUGUUUUUUUAAUAUAUUUCCGGCAGCAGUAAUGGCAGAAUUUGGCAGAAUUAUAUUGCACAUGCUCUAAGGCAUCCCUAUCGUUUUUCAUCCACAGUGUGGCAUGAUGGCAUUCCGUAUUCCGAAUGCGGUCCGACGAAGCUGUCGAAUGUCUGCGAGAAGAGUUCUGGAGGAAAGAUUUUGAAGGCAUGCCUAAUUUAUUGUAAGAUGCUGGUUGUCCUGAUUAGAACAUGGACAUUCCGCAUUAUCUACGCGAUGGAUGUUCGCCCAAAGCUGAAAAAUUCUUUGAUUCACGACCAUGAGCCACCUUUGCGGUCAUAGGUACAAAAUCAAGUGGAAACGUACACGCCUAGAUCAUUGGCCUCCCUAAGGUGCACAAAGACGGCGCUCCUCUCCGACCCAUCGUGUCGCUCAAAGGGACUCCAACGCACGGACUGGCGAAGUGACUGUUCCGGCGUCUCAAGUUCCUGACCGCUGAGUCAGACACCACGGUCUCUUCGUCAGCACAAUUCCUGGAGAAACUCAAAGGGGUAAGCUUCCAUCCAAAUAAAGUCAUGGUAUCUUUUGACGUUACAUCACUUUUUACUUCUUUUCCCCAGGACCUGGCGAUCGAGACAAUUAAACUGCUACUACAAAGCAAAUACGAUGAAACGGAGAACCGUCUUGGACACGCCCAAAUUAUUCAGCUCCUGAAGCUCUGUCUCAGGACGUACUUCACGUUCGACGGGACAAUCUACGAACAGGUGAAGGGCACACCAAUGGAUUCGCCGAUUUCGGGAUUCAUCGCCGAGGCGGUCCUGCAACGGUUAGAGUCGCUGGUCUUCCAACACCACAGACCGAAAUUCUGGGUAGGGUAUGUGGAUGAUACCUUCGUCGUCAUCGAACGGGAUCAGGUGUUGACAUUCCAGGAACAUCUCAACGCCGUCUUCCCGGACAUUCAAUUUACGAUGGAGGAGGAAGAGAACAACCAGCUGGCCUUCCUGGAUGUCCUCGUAUGCCGCAAGGAUUGUGGUGGACUAAAGACCAAAGUGUUCAGGAAAGCGACAAAUACGAUGCAAGUACUGAACUUCAACAGUAACCACCCAAUCAGCCACAAACGCAGUUGUGUAAGGACGCUCUAUCGGCGUGUCGAAACGCACUGCAGUGAGCCGGAAGACAAAAUUGCUGAACUGCAAUAACUCCGACGGGUCUUCAAAGCCAAUGGCUACCCGCGCAACUUCGUCGACCGGUGCAUACGCAAAAGGGACGAAAGGCCUAACCGCACGGACACCAAGUCUUGGCGGGCACUUCCGUAUGUCAAGAACGUUUCGGAAGCUGUCGGCCGCCUUCUCGCACCACUUGGGGUUGGAGUGGCACACAGACCGGAGGCAACCAUCAGGCGUCUGAUCAUGAAACCGAAAGACCCACUGCCACGUCUAGAAACGUCUGGAGUCGUUUAUCGGAUCUGGUGCAGUUGCGGACAAAGCAACUACGUCGGAGAAACCGGAAGACAGCUCCGAAUGAGAAUGGCCGAACACGCGGCAGCGGUGCGCAGAAAUGACGCCAGCUCUCAAGUUGCGGCUCAUUCGACGAGACCCGGCCACACAUUUAAAUUCUCUAAGGCCGAAAUUAUCGCAAGAGGUUACAACCGAGUGAGCCGAGAGCUACUGGAAUCAUGGUUUACUGACCCCCAGUCCAUCAACAAGUGCAACGAUCUUCCCAUUCAAUACAGCGUGCUGAGACUUCGUCUAGGCGGAGUAAUUGGCCACGCGGGGAGCGCACCGGUGAACACUCUUCCCAACACCCGGGUCAACGCAUCAGAUGGUCGAGCAAUCAUCACGCCAACAUCCAACGCACGUGAUGAAAUUGCAGCAAUUAUCGACUCGAAUGUCGGCCAUCAAGCAAUGAUCACACCAACCCCGGGAUGAAGGGGGAAGCCGUGAACGGUCAUAGGUAUGCGGUAGCAUGGCUGCCGCAUCCUUUAAAUACCGCAGCUCCUUGUGCAACAACCACCCGAUUCUGCUCUUUCGUCUCUGAUGAUAAAUUCGAGUUGGAAUCCGAAACGUCAGGCUAAUAAAGCACUUGUCCUGGCGAUCGUGUCUCCUUCUUCAAGGUCCGGAUUUCUCUGCUUAGGGCCUCGGCAGUUCUGAGGCGUCUAGGACGUGGCAUUUUUUGGUGCGGAUGAGAGGUGAACUUUCAGGCGUGUACGGACGAGGACAUGGUCCGACCCAUGGGCGUUACCAGUCUCGGCACCACGCAUCGAUCUGCUAUCGUGAACCCAACUGCGGAACCUUGAGCUGACUAGUAUGUAGUCAAUCUGACUGGCCGUACGACGUUCGUUUGAAUACCAGGUCAGCAGAUGUUUUUUGUGAUGCUGUAAGCAUGUGUUUGUGACAAGCAGUAGGUUUCGAUCAGCGAAGUUCAGCAAUCUCUCACCAUUUUCACAUCGAGAACCAAGCCCAAAGCGGCCAAGAAGAUGACUGGUUGUGGGGUCGCCAGGUCCAGAUCGACCAUUCCAAUCACCAGCACCAAUCAGCAGAUCGCGGCGAGGCAGUCUUUCAACUAGCGCUUGCAACUGAAAGCAAAACGCCUCUUUCGCGCUGUUCGGCAGCCAAAGUUGGUGCGUACACAGCGACGAUGGAGAUGCUCGUGAAGUGACCCUCCAGUCGCACGUAGGCCAUCCGGUCAUUAACUGGUUCCCAAGCAAGUAGCGCAGCUCCGCUUGUUGUGAUAGGGCGAUCGCCACACCGUGUAGACCAGAGGAAUCGCGGGGGCCGCUGUGGUACAGGGUGAAGUGGGAUUCGACUCCCGUGAUCUUUAUUUCACGAGAGCCCGAAUCAGGGAGUCGUACCUCAGACAGACAGCAGACAUCCACGUUGUACUGAUUAAGGCUGCUUGCGGUCAGACUUUGGGUACCAGGGUCCAGGGACGUUCGUACAUUCCAGCAUCCAAUACCGAGAGUCCUUCCACGAUUGAGUAGUCCAGCUCGCAUACUAUUCGCCCGCACCACUGAACUAGGGUUGUUGAGCUCGUCGGUUCCCGCGGACGCCGUAGCAUUGGCCGCUCGGAUUGUUUGUUCGAGGUCGUCUCCUCUGGCGCUUUGGCCUGAAAGCCUAACCACAAGGCAGCGGUGGCAAGUAAACUUAUUUAAUGGCGGUUUACUGUCGCCAUUUCACAAUGCCGUCAUUGGACUUUGCAACAUUUUAUAAGGCUUUCAGCGUGCCAGUCCUCAGCCCACCGCACCCUGGUGGCAAUGUCGCUGCUGGUCCGCGACUGCUUAUUCGUCAGACCUGGGUCUGCUUAUUUCGCAGCUAACCUUCACUGAAGGUCGUCCCACUAUCCGCCACCUGUGGACACGCCGGGUAGCCAGCAGCUAGGCUAACGGGCAACCCAUCUUCCCGGGGCAACCCGUCUUCCCGGAUAGCCUACAAUUAAAUCAGUCUUCAUUCGAUUAACUAAUGGACGGCGGUUGGUGUGCGCGUAAAAUGUGACAGAAUAAAUUAAGGAUGGCUCUGUCAAUUCAAGCGUGCGAAGAAACUAGGCGUUUAUUUCACUGUGAAAAAUCUCAUGAACGACAUUUAGUACAUUUUUGGUUAUCUACAUCAAAAUUUUACUCAGGUAAUAGGUUCGUGUGAUUUUGAAAACCGUUGAAAUUUAUUAACUGCUAAAUUCGACUAACAAAUAGGUGUAAACUAAUUUGGUAGGGUGGUUUCCGAACAACUUAUAAUUCGUCAGUUUAAUUCGCUUAGGUCGGGGUAUUCACUUGAGGAUGCCGCAGAUAAAAUAACUGCCGUUUAUUUAAAUUUCAACUCAAAAAAGUGUGUUGCAUUUUAUUUGCCUACAUGCGCGAACGAUUUUGAACCCAAACUGCCGACACAGUUGCAUUCAGGGUUUAUAAUAUACCAGCCGUACAUUUUCCGCGUAUACAAAUCAUAGAAUUUUCUACGCUAUUAACAGGGUACCAUAUGGGGACUAUAACAUUUAGCAGUGGAUAUUUGUGGUAAAAUAUCUACCGACAUCUUCACAGUCUUGGUUACUACUUAUGUUCUUUUGAAGGUAAUUUUAUUUCGAUUUAGUGCUCAGAUUAGGACACAACAGACGUGUAGGCAAUUAUACAGUCGUAAAUCGGAUGAUCACAGGGACUGUGAGUAGCUGAGCGACCAGAUAGAUGUUCCAUAAGAGGAAUUGAUUGUGGGCUAACUGCAAGCGAUAGGUCGACCUGCCUAACGCGAAACAGCAGCAUCCAAAAAAGUCACGCGUUUGUUCACCUGUGAAAUUUCUGCCAUCUAAAAGGUCUUUCUAUUAAAUCGAAUAGAUCUUUAAUGUACUUCUCAUUUCCUGCUGUCUUUUAUAGAGUGCUGGACCAAAACGUCGUCUGUGCAACUUUAUUUCUCCGGAUCUGACAUUUCGCCUGCACUUUUUAAAUUAUCUUUGCCGGUUCUCGCCUGCCGAUGCGUCGAAUAGGGGUGUGCUCGUUACUUCUGCAAGAGGUACGAGAGGUAUCGAAGAUUGAAAAAUGAAGUGACAACUCGAAGGUGGAAAUUAUAUGCUAUUUCACGUUAACAAUCUUGAUGAGAAUACCUGUUCACUUAGACAAUGGGUAACAUCUAAGAGCUACUGUUCAAAUCCUGAUUUCUAUAAUUGAAAAAUUACCUGAUUAUUCGCACUCGGUUUCCCAACAGUAAACAACGAAUAAAUAAUCACUUUUAUGCAAAUUAUAUGCGAUAAAACUGUCAUGGAACGCAAUUCAAUAGAAAAACGUAGUCUUAGACAACCAUGAAUAUAUACAUCUACUUUAAAAUAGUGUAAAGCGUCUUUAGCUGGAUAUUGUGGUGCUUUGCCUGAUAAUUACAGAUAAACCAGAUUAACGUCAAACAGCUAAAGUUACUGGUUGAUGUUCAUCGGACGAGUCAAUAAACAAAUAUUAAGCUUCACAAACAAUCUUAUCAGUUCCUUUAAUUUAGUCGCUUUAUAUAUAUGCGUUUCGUUGCAUGCCUCAUGCGCGGCUGAAAGAGGAGUUUGUACAGAUAAUAUGCUUCAACUGAUUGAUUGUUUUAUGAAAGACAGUCUUCAUCGCCUCACAACUUAACUGCAAUAAAACAACAACACUUAGCGUUAACCUCCACUUCAACAUAGAAGGCCCUGCUGGCAUUAGGUUCCACUUGCACGGCCAAUGUAUGAGUUUCUAAAGAAACUACAAAUCGAACUGAAGAUACAGAUUUAAUAAUGCGCAAAAACGUCCACUUACAAAUUCGUGUUGUAAGUUACAAUUCAGCGAAUAUGCAGCACAUGUGUUUUAUUAUCAUUAAAAUGCUUUAUACGAACUGGAAAUAUUACCAACCACACACAUGCUGCGUUAUUCGAGUGAAAAUUAAAAUGUGCCGAGGAAAUUUAAAUUGACGAUAUUACUGAAAUCUGAGAACGAUUCUUUAUUUAAUAACGAGGUUUAGAUAAAAUGUGGAUGAAUGCAAGGAAUGAUACAUAUCUUGCGUUAUCAGACACAUAUUUCAGUUUAUUAGUAGGUGAUGAAUUUGAAUUGGUAAAUGCAUGCUACAUAUAAAGUAAGCAUUUUCAAUAAACGCAGGGUUUGCAAGUGAAGAAAGGUAAUACAUUCGAAGGCAACUUAUGUGACGUUUUUAAUUUUCACGGGAUUGAGCAAUAAAGCAAUCUUAAUAUCUUUUAGAAAUCAUUUAUAUAAUCGUAUAAAGAACUUAAAAUUUCAGUUAUUAUUUCAGCAUAUCGGCUACUUAAUAAAAGUUGCAUACCUCCAUUCGGAACUAUUAAUGCUUGUUUACUUUUUGAAGAUUAUAAUUAUUUUUAUUGUCGGAUAUCAAACCGCAUGCGAUUCUAAUUGAUCGUUAGUAGUUGUAUAAAGUGAAGGUAAACAUCGCUUAAUGCAUGCUUGACUGUCUUAGCAGCGAUAACUUGAAUUAAUUUUUAUUGGACGUAUCAGUAGUGAUUUAAAAUACAUAUCCUGGAAAGGAUGCAAACACUUGAAGUCAGUUUCAGGAGGUCAAAGUGCGAAGCAAGUUCACGCGUAAUAUUGAAUCAUUUACCUAGGCGCGUGCACAAUUCGUGCGCCCAUGCAAAUAUUUCAUUGGAAGCACCGGCUAGCUAUAAGAGGAGUCUCAUCAAACAACAAUACUUUAUAGAAUCAUGCUCUCAGAACUGCUGAUUUAUCUGCUGUUGUCAGUUCGUCUGAGUUUUGCAUGCAAGACAACCCUUCAAACAUGUAGGUUCUGUCAAAUUAUGUUGUCUGCAUAAUACAUAUUUCGGAUACUCUCCAGCACUAUUUGUAGUUUGUGUUUUUUUGUAUAUUUGUGUCUUGUUUUUUAAAUUUUGGUUUUUUUCCAAACGAGAAUGUAAGUAAAUAUAAAAUUUAUAAACAUUUGUGCAUCCAUUGUGCAAAUAUCUCUCAUUUUCGAACAAAAGACUUUAUUUUAUGCAUUUAUUUAAUGAGAUCUGUUACUGCACGUUGCUUUGCAUAAUCUAAUUAUCGAAUAUUAAUUGAGAAAAUUUGUAAUUUGUCGAGCAUAAGCCUGUAAGCUAGUGUCCCUUAAACGUCUAUUCAAACCUUAUGUAAAAUGCUUAUAUCAAAGAUGCGAACAUAUACGGACAUGCAUAUUAUAAAAAUUCCAUUUUGCCUUAAUUGCCUUUAGAACAUUACUAAUAGCAUUCUGUACUUGUUACGCGCUGCUAUUACUAAAAUCACCAUGCUUCAGCAUACCAUACCGCCAGCUUAUUACACCUUACCAUGAUGUUCGCAACAGACUCAAGCUUAUACGCUUUUCUGCCUGGUCCGAAUUUUCAAAUACUGAAAAUUCUACUUUAUAUGAAUGCGAGUUUUUUUCAUCUUAAAUAAAGCUUGGCCACUUUGCUCAAGAAGAAAUGGGAAUGUUUACUUAGAAGACCUACUAAUGGAUAGACCGCAUAUGGAGAACACAUUUUUCACGGCACAUCAAUACACGUCGAAAAGGAAUACAUAUUUUCAAAUGAUCCCCCAAUCUGAACCAAUUAUACAUUGGUGUUUCUGCGACGCCGACAUGCGAUACAUUCGAGUCGUGAAAUUGACAUGCACUGUUACCUAUUCCCUUAUAAACAUCCAUGCUUUAAUCAAAGUAAGAAAACUAUAUGCCACUACUCUGGGUGAUAUUCGUACUUAUAUGUAAAUGCUGCCAAGCGAUAUACAGAUUCAAUUUUAUAUAACGGACUUGCAAAUUAUGGCCUGCUUAAUUUUCUCUUAUAUCAUACUGAUAAUGUACGAAAACCCCGAUUCCAUUUUCAGUGUAAACUAUGGUGUUGUGCAACAGUUAGGUGCGACAAGCGAGAAACACGGCAUUUUUUCAUUUUGCUAGCGCAUACAGCAGGAGAUGAAUGUGAUAUUGACUUCUCUAUUUUGGCUGUAAUUCAGCGGAUCACUUUUUAUUUUCAUUAUAGGAAAGCACUAUAACUGUCCAUUGGCCAGGGAUCAAAGACCGAAUCGUCGAUUCUAUGACGUUUUUUGCCAAAAACGUGACGGCCCACGGCAUAAUUUACCUAUUUUCGAGCAAUUUAUUGAAAGGCAAAGUUUUUUAUUUUAAUGGGUUGAAUUUUACCGAUAUAAAUGUGAACAACCUUUCUCUGGAAGAAAAAAAAACGGCUUCGGUGCAUAAUCAAUGGAAAGAAGAUCUUUUGGAAAAUGUUGGGGAGCUAGCAACCAGUGCAGCAUCAGACUAUACAAGGAUGAUGUGCUUGUUGUAGACUGCCAUGCGUUGAGGAUGAAAAUUAAUCUGCAAAAUCUUUUACUUUUUAUUGAAACAGAAAUCAUUUGGGUGCUUCAUUUGAAAAAAUUAGUGCUUCGUUUAAACUUCGUACAUCAUCUAUCGUUCUUCAGGAUUUAAGACUAAACUCCUUGAUAUUGCAUGCUUUUUAGAAUCGACCUCCGAAAAAAGAGCGUAUUUUGGUGUUGCGAAAAGUUGGAACACAUAUUUGGCUGCAGUUCAACCUACAGUAGGUGGGCAAGCGCUUAAAAAUUCCAACAGAAAUUCCAAAAAACCUGUUUGCUUCAAAAGUAUUUACAAGCAGGUGUUGCAAAAAUAGUCAAAAUGCAGCUUAAUUCUGCUAUAAUUCAGUCGAUUUAGAAUGACAGCUUUCGAACAAGGUUCUUUUCGGCAGCAUGCACUAACUUUACUUUUUAGAAAACGAUUACGCAUGGAGCAUGCAUUUUUAUAAUUGAUUUUCGAGGACCUUAAAAAUGUUAUUUUAACUAAAUAAACCACGCAUAACACUAGCUACUCUAAGUUCUUUCGUUAGAAAUGUACUUUUCGACCAAAAUUAUACCUGAUGGAAUUGAUAACUCGCUUUUGAAAAGUUAAAUUGCCGUCAUAAUACGUCGUGUCUCUGCAGUUGCUAGUAAGGCUUAUAAAGGUACCAGUAUGGCUCAAAUCAUCUGUUAUUUUUAUGAAUAUCAUACGUUCGUCUCCUUAUACCGCAGAAAAAUAUAUGGUUCUCCGUACGAAGAAAAUGUACAGCCUAUACUUUGGAAACCUUUGGUGUAAAUGAAACUGCAGGUCGGAUUCAAAAAUGUUAGGGAAUAAGAAAAGUUGUAAACAAACUAUACCUUUCCUUCAAACAUACAUCUGAAAGAAGCCGUAAUGAUAUACCAAAAGAGCAAAUAAGCCACAUUAUAUGCAUGUUUCCUAAGUGGUUUAAUUGCACUUUUAUGGGCAUCGAUCAUAGAUAAAAAAUGCAUGCAGCAGAUACAAUCAUUUUUAACAAGAUAUUCUUUUUGAAUGCAGGCAGAAAGAUAGUCUUUACGUAACUGACUUAUUAUAAAAUUGUACUUCACGAUGAUUAGUUUUACAAUUAAGUUAAAUUAAGUUUUUCGGGAAAAAAUGCAUUUAUGAAUUUUGUUUAACAUUUUAUGAGUUAGCACGUCUGCAGUAUUUUUAAAUUUAAAUGAAUUACGAUAUUCGCCGUUCUGAUAAUGGGCAGCGAUGAAAUUAACCGAGUCCUACAUAAGAGAUUACGCACUAAGCGUAAACGUAUGCGAGGCGGUCUAUGACAGGUCCUUGUCAGCUUGCUAUAUCCAAACCACAUUCUUCCGAUUUUCUGGAAUUCUUAUCAGUUGUCUGGUAAGUUAAACCGCAACUUUUUCACACAUCUGUUCUGGUAUCUCGUUAAGUUAGUUUUCGACUGCGAAAUAAAUCUUCAUCACAGAAAGCAAAGCACUUAUCUGUCAUUUAGCACAAUUAAUUCGUAAGACCUGCAUUCUUUAGAAUUUUUUUAUUUACCCAUUGCUUUUCUUGAUAUAACAUUUAAAAAAAUGCAAAAUUAGCGACACUGAUAAGAUUGAUAUUGGUUGGUAAACCUCUGCCGACUUACCAGGCCCUGAUUAGUCACCUAGAAAAAUAUCCCUAAAACCGGUUGCAGGAAAAAACCGGAGUCAAACUGGAGUCAUACCGUUUGCCGUCCAAAAUGUUAGCGUGCCUUAGUGGUUGCAGCUUCUUAAGCCACUGAAAAGCCUAUAUUGUCAUAUUCUGGAAAAAGUGCUUGGUGAGAUGAUACCUGGUAGCCCUCCUGACGCCGCAAACUCCCAGCUGCCCUUAAAUCGGGACCGAUGUUAAUAGGACCUAUACGGAUGGAACAGUUGCGUGGACGGGUAAAUGGCGGUUGUAGUAAUUGCUAGCAAUUGACGCUGCAGGUAAAGUGAAAGCCUAAUUUAGAUUAGGUGAAAUAAUCAAGGAAGGCCUGGGAAUGAGCAAGGAGACUUUGAACGGUAUGCGGAAUAAAUUCCUUCUAGCCUCAGAUUGGAAAGAGAAGCAGGUGAAGGCGAAUAACCAAUGAGAAAAAGGCAACUGGUCCGAAGGUUAUUUAACAGUGUGUGCUAUGGAAUUCCAUCCAACAUAAUGGACAGAAGAAAACGAAAGUCAAGCAGCGGCACUCAAGAUGCCGCAACGCAAGCCAGGUAAGAUUUUUAUGCGGAAAAUUAGUUUGGGAGAAAGAGAAAAUCCGAAACUAAUGAGGCAGUCGAAAGCUACCUCUGCUAAUGAAAGUAAAUAAAGGGUUAAGCCUCAUUGUCAUCGUUACCGGUGCCAAUUCGCCCAAGAUAGUACCUCUACAAUGAAUGAGGCAGUCAAAAGCUACCUUUUUUGUGAAAGUUGAUGCAGAGAAAGCCUCAUUGACAUCGUUACCGUUGCCGAUCCGCCCAGGAUAGUACCUCCACAAUGAAUCUGUACAGGAAAUAAAGCGCGCGCGUGAAUUUGGAAACAUUAUUAGAACGUAAUUAUAGCUACGGAAAUCAAUCCAUUGGGAAAAAUUAUGGAUUCUGUGGACACGCCUGCCGACUUCUUCUUCUAAUGAAAGUUGAUAUAGGGUAAGCCUCAUUGUCGUCGUUACCGGUGCAAAUCUGCCCAGGAUAGCACCUCUAAAAUGAAUUUGAUACAGGUAAUACAGCGUGCGCGUGAAUUUAGAAGCAUAAUGAGAACGCAAUCGCAGCUACUGAAAUCGAAAAAGGAGGUCCUAUGGUGCAGUCUGUGGGCACCGCUACCAACUAUCAUCCUAUCAAGUGCUAUAGUGAAGACGCACGAUUUGUGGAGAUGGAGGGAUGCGAGACUCACUUUUAACUCGGGGUAUGAUGCAUGGGUUUCGUUUCCAAAGAAAUCCACUACGCUUUCUCCUUGACAUCGUUUAGCAAAUUGUUGACACCGUUAAGGAAUUAUGUUAAAUUAACAUAUUUUGGAACACUAUUUGACGAUAAAAGACUAACAGAGGUUUUUCUGUGGAAACGAGAUUUAGCCAUCAUAUCAACACACAUGCUUCUCUUUGGAAGAGAAACAUAAACAUACGAAAUCUGCUUUGAUUUUGUGAAUAUCAUUGAAAUUGCUGUUUUCGCGUCCGGAACCGUAGCACAGGCUACCUUGAAAGUCACAGACUGCAAUAUCUACGUGCAGGUGAAAACAAGCCCAAACACAUCGUAUCCAUAUAAAUCAGUCCAAAAAUAUUUACCGGCAACGGUCUGCACACGCGUUCACUACAAUAUUUGCAGACAUGUAAAGCGAUGGCCGCCUAAAUAGCUGUGGCUGCAAUUGAGUUGACUGCGAGUUCUGCACGUGUGUCUGGAUUUACAUCAACGACACAUGUUAGUGAACUUGACGCGGUCAUGCCCUCAUCUUCUCACCCAUACAACCAUAUAUGUCAAUCGAUGAGUGCAAGUGGUAACUCUGGGUAGCAAGGUGAUACGGUGAUAGCUACUUCACUUGCAUCGGGUCAUCAAAGACACCUCUUUUUCCUAGGAUAAAGUCCCAUUUUAUUUGCUUUAGCCGAAGAAAAAAAUGAUAAGUCAUUAUGCGGUCAGUGCAAUAGGCAAAAGCUCACAUGAUUUCUUACAAGUUUUGAAAAUCAACGCAAACGUCUGCGCGUGAGCAAUUAAACUUCAAUCUCUGUUGAACGUUUCCUGCUUAUUUACUCAAACAAAAUAGGACUUGAACGAAACCAUAGAGGAUUACGAUUCGGUUUUUUGUCUUGCCGAUUUAUGGGGCUGUUAAGCAUUAAAAAGCCUAUAUUGCCAUCUUCUUGAGGUAGUGCACUAGUAAAGACGUAAAAUUCGCAGUGAUGGGAGAGUGCAGGACUCCUUGGUAACUCGAGUUUUAGUGGAUCGUGAAGCAUCGGUUUAGUUUCGAAACAAAGUGCUUUUAUGCCUUCUCCUAGACAUCGCUUAGCAGUAUGUUGACAACCAUGAGGAAUGAUGCAAGAUUUAGAUAUUCUUAAACACUGUUCGUUAAUCAAAUUUUAAUAAGCAUUUUUGGGGACGUUAGUUUUAACCGCUAUAGAUGGACACAUGCUCUGCUUUACGAUGACGAACAUAAGAAUGAGAAUUGUGCAUCGGUUAAGUGAUUAGCGUUGAAAUGCUGUUUUCAUGUCCCAAACCGUAGCACAAGCCAUCUUGAAAUUUACAGACCGCAUCGUAUGCAAAUAACUCGGCCCUAAAAUGAUUACAGGCAAAUGUCUACACGCACGUUCACUAUAGUAUUUGCAGACAUACGAAGUGACGACCGCCUAAAUAGCUGUGGCUGUAAUUGGGUUAAAUGCGAGUUCGGCAUGUGUAUCUGGACUUAAAUCAACGAUAAAUGCUGGAAAAGCACUUGUCCUAUUACGCAUAUAGCCGCUGAUGUCAACUGAUGCGUGUAGCUGGUAAUUAAGGGCAGCAAGAUGACCCGGCGCUUACGAAUUUACCUUUGAAAAUAUUUUAAGAAAACCUAUUACUCCUAGGAUAAAGUCGCAGUUUAUUUGCUAUACCCGAAGAAAAAUGAUAAGUCAUUAUGCGGUCAGCGCAAUAGGCAAAAGUUCACUUGAUUUCUUAUAAGUUUUGAAAAUUGACGCAAAUGUCUGCGCGUCGGCAAUUAAACAUCAAUGUCUGUUGAACUUUUCCUGCCUAUUCACUUAAAAAACACGAUUUGAACGAAAUCCUCGAGGAUAACUAAGGAGUAGCUAUAAGCAUAACCUUCAGUCAUAAUCAGUGUAGAUGACUUCGUAAACAGAAUGAAGGUUAUGUUGGACGUUCAGUUUUCACUCAUGUUAGCGCCUUGGAAAUAAUAACAUCCGACAAAUAAGUGCAAAAAAUUCAAAGCGGUUCAAGACGUUCGCUUUAUUUUUACAAAAAGACUAGCUAAGUUUUGAUUAUAAGUGACGUAACAAGUUCAUUUUUGUGCAUCGUUCAUAAGAUGCAUGCCAUGUUCGCACUAAAUGAUGAUGCCUUUUUCGCAAUUCGGCCAAUGGCUUCCAACGUCUCCACUUUCCAUUGUGUUUCAUUUGGUAUCUAAAUAUGCGCUUAAUGCCAGAAAUCAUUGAAAACAAGUCCGUCAAAAGGUAAUGUCCUUAUUUCUGAAAAUGCGCUUGAAUUCCGUCACUGCUUCAAAAUCCUCCGUCAUUAAUUUUCAUAGAAUCAACGGGGCGGUAUCCGAUCACUGCCGAUCGUAGGACGUAGGUUUGCGUCUGAAACAAAUCACAAAAUGUUAACUAUAGGGACUUGGUCAUCUUUUUAAAUAGUGAUUUAAAAAAUUGGCAGUAACAAGCAUGCCAACACACCUUGCAAAAUUUGUAUAAUCGCUUUCCUUAUUUCAUCAAAAAACUGCACCAUUUUAAACACAAUAAAAACAGUAAAAAAAAACCGAUGACAUAAUUUCAAACGGCCACCACAUGUGCUUCUUCUUAAUUCAUAUUUAAUUCAUGCCUGCUCACACAGACCUGACGAACUCUUGUUUUUAUAAUGCGUAAUCAGAUAUAGGUUCGCGAAGUGGCUAUUCCGCAGCAUGAGGUCUCUCACCUCGGACUCGACCACGACCGUCUGCUCAGCGGUUCAGUUUCUGGAGCGGCGCAAUGGGGUGCGGCUAAACGAAGAUGAGAUCAUGGUGAUAUUCGACGUCACCUCUCUCCUUACUUCGAUCCCGCAAUAGCUAGCAGUCGAAACGGUUGGCAAACUGCUCGCAAGAAAGUACGAAGAGACGGCGAAAGCGUGAAACGGAGACAUCUAAUUCCACUGUUUAAUUUCUGCCUGAACACGUUCUUUACGUCCGAAGGGAAAGUAUAUGAGCAGAUCAAGGGGACACCGAUGGGAUCACCGCUUUCGGGCUCCAUGGGAGAAGCACUGUUACAUAAAUUGGAGAUCGCAGUUUUUGAGAUCAACAGGCCAACUUUUUGGGCUCGGUCUUUGUUAUCAUCAAGCGGGAAAUGAUUCAAGAAUUUCACAAUGCCCUGAAUUCUGUCUCUUCUGAUAUGUAGUUCACAAUGGAGGCGGAAAGUAACAAACAACUGCCGUUCAUGGACUUACUGGUUCAUCGGAAACCAAAUGGGCAUUUAAAAACAACGGUGUAUAGGAAGGCCACCAAUACCAGCCAAAUCCUAAGCAACCACACAAAGCAUCCGUUAUCCCACAAACGCAGCCGUGUGCGAACAUUGUACAAAAGUGCAGAAACAGACUGCAGCGAGCCAGACGACAAAAGGUUAGAAUUACACAACCUCCAGCGCCUCUUCAUGGCGAACGGCUAUGUUCGUAACUUCAUAGAACGCAACAGGCAGCCUGGUCCAAGCCGAAGUUCGGUGACAGAACGGCCAAAAAUCUGGCGGACGCUUCCUUACAUUGACGGCGUCUCUGAGGCGAUUUCCCGUCUGCUAAGACCACUGGGGAUUAGCAUUGCCCAUCGGUCAGGGUCAACAAUUCGAAAUCUGUUCAUGAGACCUUAGACCCCCCUGCUACGCGGCAAAACAACGAAUGUCAUUUAUCGGAUCCAGUGCAGUUCCUGUGAUAUGAACAAUAUUGGAGAGACCGGCAAACGACUGCACACCCGUGUUGCAGAGCACAUGAGGGUAGUUAGGCGGAUGGACCCGUUCUCUCUAGUGGCAGAACACUGUGCCAACUCUGGAAACACGUUCACCUUACAGAAUGCUGAAAUCCUGGGCUGGGGAAAUGACCGCAUCACAAGGGAAACAAUCGGGGCCUGGCACACUAGCGCGAACUCCAUCAACCGCACUGUAGCGCUUCCUGAGGCUUACCAGGUCCUCCGGACGCAGCUCAGUGAACAGAAGAGCAGAGCCAGGCUGCCAAAAGACAGAAACCCAAGUAUGGCCGUGUCCAUGAAGGCCACACGCGCAGCUGUACUUCAACCGCAAUCUGACGUAGGUGCGAUCGUAACUACAGCCGCAUCGUUCACUUAUCUGGUAGAUGUGAGGACGAACGAUCGCAGUAACGCCGACGGACCCGAUGAAGUUUUUAUAAUCACUGCCACUCAUGCGGCAGGUGAGAACACAAGUGACUGCAGGGUGUCAAAGAAGAUUGCCAACCUAGGACAAGAGCUAGGGUCAAUGCAAACACGUGCGAUGACAGCUAGCGUCCGAACGACGGUCCCCGAAUAGACGCAAUCUAAUUGUAACGACAUCGUCACCACCUCUAAAUACUGUGAGGCGCGGUAGAAUACUCACCUCCGUCGUUGAAAGCUUGUUUGAUUUUGAAAUGUCAGGGCAAUAUAACUAUGGUUCUCGAGAUCGUCUUUUUCUUCUCAUUUAUGUCCGGGUGCUCGCAUAUUCUCUUCUAUCAUAUAUACAUAUAUAUCAAUUAAAAUCAGAUAUUGUAAGCAAUAUAAUUUGAAAGGUGGAGUUCUUCAGGAAACAGCAAACAUUAUUGUGUAAAUUUUGCGGUUUGGUUCCCCCAGUCCGUCUUCAGCCAACAAGCGUUCAAAAUCUUUUAAGUUCUAGACUGAGUCUGGCAAAAGUUGAUUGCUGAAGGUCAUUACCUCGGGAGUGGCUGAGUCAUUUUGAAUUUUUUUCUAAAUAUAUUUUUGUAUGUGGCAUCUGAAUUGAUAUUCCGGUUGAUUCGUGCCUUAUCUGAGUGCACUAGUACCAGGAUUUUGCGGCUUUUCCUUUUUAGGCAGGCGACAACUAUGUUGGUGUUUUCCCGUGCAAAUUCUUGCCCAGUGGCCAGUGUGUGCAUGGCCACCCAGGUUAGAUUGUCGCAUCUCUACACCGCUAAAUAUUGCUCAUGUAUACGGGGAAGGACAGAUUUUCCAGCAUGUACAAAAUAAACGGCAUCACAAUUAGAACAUAGGAUUUUGCGAUAAGCUGACGUCUGAUCCAUAAGUAUUUCAACGUACAAUGACGUCCAGGAAUGGGAGUUGUCUAUGGAUCUCUGUUUCGAAAGUCAAUUCGAUUCCUGGAAAUAUCGAGUGAAUAUUGUUAUGGAGCAGAUUUAACCAAUCUUUCUUUGCGAAGACAAAAGUUCCAUUUACGUAUCGCAGCCAAAAUGUAGGGUUGACUUUGGGAAGGGCUCUGCCCUGUAAUGCCUACAGUAAUGCCUCUAAAAGGAAACUAGAUAUGGGUGAAUAUAUGAGAGCACUUUUUAAUUGCCGGUAGGGAUUCGGCAGCAUGCAUAAACCUUUUUACCUCCUGUGUGGACUGAAAGCAAGCCGACUGACACUGUAACGGCUAGACGGUGGAAGUGGUUGUUCAGAGUGCUAAAAUCAUUAGACCAAAUUCCCGAUUGAAAUUAGAAGGCAAAAGCAUCAGAAUGGGUAAGUUUAUGUACACAAAGCCCGGAGUUGUCCUCUCAGGCGACAUUGGCCACUGGGAAACCAGGCUUGGCGCUGACUGCGUCUCGUCAUGUCUGAGUGUCUCUGUAACAGUGGUGGCAGCCGUCUUUGUAGUCUCGCGGGCCAAAGUCUUGUAAUUUCCGAUCAGCGUGUGUUGCAUUUGCCGAGGGAUGGUGUCACAGUGGCUUAGGUUGUUGUUGCAAGUGGACGUGAUACGUUUAAGUGGCCGCAUGACCAACUGCGUCUGUGUGGACUCAGGUGUGUCCGAUCUGAUGUCGGUUGGGUUGCUUCAGUUCAGCACGUCUCUAUAAUCUGGGGAAUGCAUUAAUUGUUAGCUAAUAUUACAUCACUAAUAAAGUAAUAAUUUCGUGUCAAAUAUUUGUAUUAGCAUUUCAGUAAAGAUUUAAUAAGAUAGCCUUUUGCAUGGCUUUGGAAAGUCACACAGUAUGUAUUAUAUUGAAAAUUUUAUCAAUCAACCUAAUUUGCUUUGUUUGUCGGAUUCCUCGUUUCGUUGUUUUUACACUCGCCAAAGCACAGCUAUCAACUUCAUAGCCGCCCUCAGGUUUCAGUAGUGUACAGCAUGGGAAUUCGAUCCGCGAACUUUAAAUGGGCACUGAAACUAGUGCAGAGUCAGAGACAGUGUGUGCCAUUCGCAAAGACCAUUUGAGUCAGCAUUUCCCGAAUAAUGUUUUUUAGCACAAACGGAAGUAUUUCGAAUGAUACCUCAUAAUCAACAGCAAAAUCUAGACGAAAAAGCAGUUUCUCGUAAAUGAUUAUGGUGGAAGCAUCCUCCAAAUAAAUCAUAGAUAAAAAACCGUAAUAAAAUAGCCUAGGAAUUAAGAAUUUUGACCUCGUUAUAUUUUUUAUGCGCAAAGAACAGUAAAUUCUACGUAAGUACGCGCAGCGAAAUUAAGUCACACUCUUAUAACAAGAAUGAUUAUCGAAAUAUAAUAAAAUAUCCUAAGCUUAAAUAAUAUAACAAUACUUUUCAUACUGAGAACACGUGCGCCGUGAAGAUAUCCAUGCUUAUCAGGACCUUCGAUAAGGCUUUUGUGAGGUAUUAAUCAAUUUGAAGACCUGCUAGCCCCUGAUGAAAACGCCCCUACGGAGACUUUAUUGUGUCAACUGCGGGACACCGUCCAUUGGACCGCCGUGGGUAUUCUCGGUCGCGCGCUUCGUCAGCGCCUGUACUGGUUUGAGUAAAAUGGCGCAGAGCAGCACUACCAACAAAGAAAAGGGAGAACGGAACGGCCAUUUCUGACUUAUUAGCCGUCAGCAGUCCGUUAUACCCAAUCCCGUAUUGUGUAACACCUCGGGUCCGGUCCCCCGAACUGUCGCCUGAAAGUACAACUCCUCUAAACACUGAGCGACGGGCCCGUUGUCUUGUUGGUUUCGAUCGGGAAUAUACAGUUGUAGAUGGCCCUCAUCGAUCUUAAUUACGGAGUUUACUCAUUCCGUGUGUCUUAGGGGCUCUCUCUUGAGACCAACCAGCCGCUUCACAGCGGCGCAUGAUUCAAGGAAUACUUGGAUGGCACUUUCUGGAUAAAUAUUUUCUUGAGCAAAUAGAAUCGAACUUCGUUUAUCAUUGUGCACGGCAGUUAUACAAGAUUACUGCAUUGGCAGUUUUCAGCGAAUGCUUUUGUCCUAAACUGCACUCACUCACAGGAUGCAUUAGCGGAUCUAUUGUAGCUAAAAACAUAUUGAUAAAACACUUUUUAGACUGCCUUUCGGGUUAUUAAAUAUCGUCAUUCAGUUUCUUCCAUGGGAAGGUUUCCUGAAUACCUGACGCUUCCAUGACUUUGGUUUUUAUUGAAAAUUAUGGAGGCUAACGUCUUACCGCCCUGAUUGGAAAUGCCAACGAUGACAAAACAACGUUCGGCGUCCUGGUUUAAAAGCCUGGCCGACUACGACUAGUAAGUUUCGAAUGGCCAUCCUUGUCCUUAUUAUGUCUGCCUGUAGCCUUACUUGAUAUAUACAUGUAUAUAAAUUCUUGAGGACGAUAUGGUUAAAAAGAACAGCCGCACUGAUUUAUCAAAGAAAACAGCGUUUGCUGAAAUAGCGAUAUAGGCUACUGAUAUUUGUGUCAAUUAUGAUGAGGAUCUGUUUCCCCUGUGACUGUGCAGUGCUUUCCAAGGCGUUGGCGACAUGCACUGACCUGUAGGCUAGCGUGAACAAAUGUCUAACUGUUGCCAAGUGCAUUUUGUUGAUCCCUCAUAUAAACGACCUCAGGUAUCGUGGCAAAUAAUUACGGUUAGCUGACAGGAGGUCUGACUAGGAGCUUGUAAACAACCCUUGAGCAUUAUAUUGACAGUCUAGUAUUUCUGAACUUUUUGAGAAGGCUCUUGACACUCAAUGGCCUUUUGUGAGCGACCGGUUUCAGAAUCACCAGCCUAACGUUAAGGCGUCUACCAAAACCACUCUACUGGCAGAACUGUUGACUAUCUCGCUCAGGUUUAAUGAAUCUAUGGUAAUUUUCUGUUGUUGUGCCGUUUAUGCUGGAAUUCUGAGUCCAGCAUUGCAGGGAUUUAAGUGGUUAAAUAUGCCGUGAAAUGCCGUCACCGGCGUUUACUCAAACAGUAAUUCGAUCGAAAAAGUUAAUGGGCGUUCCUUGUUACAGGUUUAAGGAGACUUCACUCGGGGAGGAAGUAUGUUGUAAACUCAGGUCUGAUUUUCCUGUGCGUAAUACCCUUGUCUGGUAUUUAUGACAAGGACCAUGCAAAAAUGGUAGUUUGCGUUAAGAUAUUUGCUCCUUUGUGUCUGGCUUUAUUCUUUUCCUAAUCUUUCUUUGAUGAGAUAUAAGUAGUUCUUGUGCGAGCGAUAGUAAAAGGCUGGCUCGUGUUAAAUGAGCUAGCGGUGGUAUCCCAAAUAUUUAUGUGCUUCUGCCAAUGCGCGUAGCUGCCCAAAAGUACGUCCGCCAACACAGUAAGAAUUAUGUCAGCUGGCAACGGCAUUUCUCCAAAUUCGGAAAAAAAUGUAUUAUGUAUGUAUACUCCGGGGACUCGAAUGUGUCUCAUGUUCAACUAUAGUCUGCGCAACUAGCACUGAUGAAUAUCAUCGCAUAAGCAUCAUCCAUAACCUGGUUCUUAUGUGGACCACGGUUACACAUCCAUUAUCCGAUGUACAGGGCUUUGUAUUUUUUAGUGUCCUAAUAACUGACUGCAAAAAAAGCCUGAAAUAUUCAUUUCCGUAGCCGCUUAAUUGGCACUUCAGCUACAAAUGAAAAAGUUUAUUUCAUCACCAGACUCAUUGUGCCCUCCCUAACACUCUGUCCGAACACGCUAAUCUUAAAGUCCUCAAUCGCCUAUCCCAUAACUGAUGUUCGAUAGUUCUUAAUAUUGCCGACUAUUUGCCAGAAGUAAUAAUUAAAUAUGCACGUUUUUUUAAAUUCUUGAACCUGCUCCGUCCUCAUUUGACCUAAGACCAUCACAGCAGACAGGAAAACGAGAUGUCGUUUUCAACUUGUCUGGCUUUGUUUGUUGUUUAACCUUUCUGUGACGAAAUAUAAGUAGUUUUUAUGCAAAAAAUCGUAAAUUGCAGGCUCGCGGUCAAUGAGAUAGAAGCUGUAUCAAAAAUAUUUAGGUGCUGCCCAGAAAAUUGUUCAGCAAAGCAGUACGAAUUAUAUCAUCCCGUAAAGGCAUUUCUCCAAAUUCGCACAGAAUAUAAUAUCUAUUUUCAUUUCGGGGACCCGAACGUUCCUUAAUUUUAACGAUAUUAUACGCAACUAGCAAUGAUCAAAUGCAUAGCCUGAGCAUCACUCAUAACAUGGCUCUUAUGUAGACCACGUUGCCACAUCGAAUGCUAUAUGUACUGUACAUUGUUGCUUUUCAAUUUCCUCAGAAAUGACUGCAAAACAAGCAUAUAAUGUUCCUUUCCAUAGCCGCCCAAAGGAUGCAUCAGCUAAAGUUUGUCUCAUUAUUAGACUUCCCGUCCACUUCCCAAGACCAUAACAGAACUGGCUUAACUUGUCGUCCUGAACCACCUAUACCAUAACUGUUUUUCAAUGGUUCUUCCAAGUUUCGCCGACUAACUGGCAGUAGUAAUAAUAGGAUAUUAACUUUUGCUAAAAUGUGAACCUGCUCCAUCCUUACUUGACGUCAGACCAUUAGAACUGGGACGAAACAAAGAUGUCGUUUUCAGCCAGCAUUUGGAGGCAUCAAGGCCCUUAACACUAAACUAUACGCUAUGCACUAUGUACUCCCCAUUUCGGCCUACAUAACGCAGGAGUCUGGAGGUAUGGUCAACAGAUCAAGCAGUAAGAUUUCGAGCAAACGCCCCCUCCCCAUUCGCAAGGCAUCAUCGUCUGUUUAGGUCCAACAAACCAGACUCUGUGAUAUUUUUCGUUUUUUGCGAGGAAGAAAUUUGGUAGCAAAGUGAUAAUCUCAACAGCGACAUUUAAGUCAAGCCUUAUUAACAGUAUCACACGAGUUUCUUUCUAAGGCUGCAUGAACCCAGAUGGCGAUGCAGACCCGCAUGCAAGGCCCUGGUUGCAGGUAACGCAGUAGGUAUCAGUAGCACUUCUGACUGAAGGGGACGGCUGACGCGGCGGUGACGACGACGACGACUACAGCAUCAGCAGUAUGUGUCAUCGGUCGCGCCUGAAUGCUUACAGACCUGCAGACGAUGAUGGAGUUAGAGACUAGUAUCUUGACUCUAGCCGAAGCAUAGUUAACAGUGUCCAACCACAAUAGACAUAACGAGUAUGCAGCUCAAAGUUUGGAGUAAUAGCAGUACUCACGCUUAGUGACAAAACAACGCGGGUUCUCAAUUUAGUCGUUCUCAAGCCCAGUAUGACUGACUAAACGCAUGACACUAUGAAAUGGCACUUCACGUCCUAAUGGUAGCUGUCGGUUCUUUUUUCAGGCUUGCAAAUUUUAUACGAUUUUCAAGGGAAAGCACUGUAUGCGUGUAAUUGUAAGGCUCUGUGUAGGUGUCAAAGUCAUCUACUGCACUGUGCAGCUAAUACCGCUAAUUAACGUCCCACUUUACGAUUAUCGCAUUAGUGAACGCGACUAUGAUAAAUGCAUUAUAUAGUCCAUUCCCAGAAAUAGUUGUGGAAAUUUAUUGGGAUGCUGCCAUGUAUACGUAUUUCGCACGCUCCACGAACACCUGUGACAAACGCAAAUUCUUUCCGAACAUUUUAAGGAAUACCCGAAUAUCUGAUAAAAACUGUUACUUCCGGACAUCACUGUCAAUGGCUAAGAAAAAUUCAUUUAAUUGUAAAGGGGCAAUUGUUCUGGUCUUACUAUUCUCUCCCACAGUAGUAAACUUUAAUUUCAACAAGAUUUCAGUUAAGGUUCUUCUAAAUAAAUUCAUGCCUCACCCGAAAUAUGCUGAAACCACCAAAAAGCUCCGACACGGACAUAUUAUGGAUUCGGAAGGCAUACUCAUUCAUGAAAUGUUGAUUAAUAUCCUGAAAUUAUUUUAAUUUCUUAACGAUUUCAUGAGAAGGGUGGUAGGAUUUGUCCCUCUGUAGAGUUGCGGUAUAGUUAUUCAGCUGCUUUAAGUUUCCGACUUUAGAAUAUACUUUAUUUCUACCGCAUGCAAAAUCCAUGCUAUUUCUUGUUGAUUUUCAAUGCCAUUAAAUAAACAUUUAUUUUCCAUAAAAAUCAUGCAUAGCACAUUCAUUAUAUUAUUCCUUUUAUAGAAAAUUUGUCUUCUCUUUAUUUUAAUCUUUGACGAAGGGUAUAAUUCUGUUUUUUUAACAGAUUGUUGCCAUACGAAUUUGAAUGCCGCGAAAUACCUGGUCAUAUAAAGUUUUGGCUCUGAAGUCGAAAUGGUGCAUGAAAGGUUUGCAAUAUUACUUAAAUCAGCAGGAAUAUUUUAUGAAUUUCAUCUAGUGUCCAUCUAAUGUCCAAAAAUGGCGUGAUAAUCUGCCAAAUCAGCAGAAAAAUGAAUGAUUAUAUGCAUACCAUCGAAGAACUCAAAUCAUUCUUUUAAAAACAUUAAAAAUUGAUCAGAAAAAUGCAUACACAUGCGUAAUCAUUUCUAUAAUGUGCGUGUGGCCGGAAAAACUUUUUUACAGGCCGACGUUUGAUAGAAUCAUUCUGCAAGAUGAGUAGUUCUAAAGUCCUACUUAAGUAAUAUUUUUUGAGAAAAGAACACAUUUUUAGAUUUCGAUUUUCAUUUUAUCAGUUCACCCAUCUUCUGGACAUCCGGGUGUCCGUACUAGACCACAGACUUCAGUAACGCGUGUUUUCUUUCCAAAAAAUCGACUGUUCCCUAUGUUUGUUUUCUGAUUCCAGGCAAACCUAAUUCUGCGCACUAUCUGCUUCAUUAGAAUGUCGUUGCCGACGAUGUUCACCGAGUACCCUACAGCUGAUGGAAAACGGUGUACAAAUUAAUUCAAGACAAUGUUACGCCUGUGUGGCAUGAACCGCACGCUCUCCUCCUCAUCGUCCUGCUUCCCGAAAUAGACCUUAUGUCCUGACCAAGUGUAACCGGCUGGAGAUGGGAAUGGACGCAGGCUGUUGGCAGGUCAAGAACCGAAAAUACGCCUGCCACAAUACUCCUGGUCCACAGCACAUACUGGCCAGUAUUGUUCACAAGUAGAAGCCAUUGUCCACAUCCGAAGUUGAACGGCAUGGAACUUAAGUCAGACAUAACAGUGGCAUUUAUCGUGGGUGCAAAACACGAGAUUUUGACCGUUGGUUCCUACAGUGUUAACCGUGUACUACACACCAAUUUCGAGCAGAGACGGUGUCGGGACUCUGUCAACAUGCAGAUGGCGGGGGAGAGAGGUGUUUGGGGGGGGGGGGUUGGCACGACCGAACCCGCACCUAAGCGCAUCACCACGUUUCGUCAUUCCCAACGAACAAGUACACAAGUAUUUCGAUUAAAAAUAACAACAAUUGGAAGAACAUCGAAGGUUGGACAGCAAUGAACGCGACAGGAACGCAAGCGCAUCUACCGACCGGGGAGUAAGGUGUCAGAGAAUUGCCAGCGCACACAUCGCAACGAGCAUUACGACUUGCUGAAUUAUGGAAUAGCAUAUGCACAUAAUUCAUAAGACCUAGCACGCAAUCACACUCACACACACGCGCCGAAGGCCUCUGAGCAAAUCACAUAGCCAGUCUUUGCUUCUAUGCGCAUACUUUUUGCUGUUAGGAUAUUUUUAUGUAAAUUAAAAGAGACGUACGAAAAGACAGUUUACCCGCCAUCGAGAAGCAUGACCUGCAGUUGUUUUUUUGUACUGCUUACGCUGACUCAGCAAAUAUGGCUAACGUUUGCCUGUCGGAAGGUGUUGGAGACGUGUGGGUUAUAUUACCGCAAAUCUUUCUUUAACACUAACUACCUAUGUUCCAUAUUAUUUAUUCUAGGCUGUUGUCCGCAUAUAAGCGUAUUGUAUUUCAUAAUCUGGUUUUUUAUGGACGGCGUAAUGGGCACACCAGCACUGUAAAGUGUAACGAAAUACAUCGCCACUGCAAAAUCUCUAAAAUGACAGUGCUGUGACGAAUAUCCAUUACUUGACUGGAAAUAUAAAGAAGCAGAUUUUACACUUGCAUCGAAUUUUGAUAGAAUUGGCAGUCGAUGAGUGACCGAUUUUAUGAAAUGCUAGCUGAAUUUCUAAUAUUCUGAAGUUUCGAAAUUUCGAGUAGAAGAGUUUCUUAGGCUUGGAUGUAAAGCGGUUAGUUCUUUUCAAAUCCCAAUAAUUUUUGAGCCCUAUUAGCUAUUGCACCAGCGGUUGGCGAGUUUAGUCCCGAAUGCGCAUGCCUCCAUCGUAAAAAAUUAUAGUAUUCCUAUAUACGUUCAAUGAAAUACUAUAAAUAUUUUUUUAAAUUUCGCAGUGGAUGCGGACUAAUUGGCCGAUUUUCUGCGGAGCAUUGGUAAACACGCAUGAAGGGUUCUGUAUGCAUAAGCGAUGCGCGAUAUUAAAAAGUUAAUAUUAAAAUGUUUAUUUAAACCAAAAGGUCUCCUCUUGCUGGGUUCUGUAGGCUAACACGUUGCACGAAAUUAAAAAGCUUAAAAGAAAACGUUUAUAAAACAAAGAUCACACCUUGCAGGGUACAAAAUACGCAUAAAUUUUAAUUUCCUACAGAACAAGUAAAAAAUAUUAUAAAUGUGCCAGUUUUCAGCAAUGCACAUUUCAAUGCAAAAGACUGUUGAAAACGGAUGAACAAAACACGUGCAGACGCUGUGGUCAAAAUUUUGGAGUUUAAUUCAGGGAGAGGCUAAAAGAAGUAAACAUAAAAACCAAUAUUUCGGAGAGUCAGUAAUACUAUAGAAAUAUGCCGCAUUUAAAACCAUAUCACAAGACCACCUAGUAAUCCUUUCUGAUUGGAAAGGCCUUUAAGAUUUUCAGCCAAAACUUUACCAAGUUGUUCAUUAACUCAGCAGCAAUAUUUUGCAUAAUUCAGAAUUAUGCCUAGACUUAGCCUUAUUGCUAGUGCAGAUUAUUUGUGUCCUGACGUACACAUAAUUUGGCAAAGCUUAAAUUUUAAAACAUUUAGGGAAAUUAUUCUUAUUAUUGUUAAACACACCUUGGCAUGAUGUAUAGUAGAUGGGCUACCUCAUGAUAUAUCAAUCGGAAAUUCCCAAAUGCGUUGCUGUUUUCAAAAUAUUCAUAAAUUUGUGUUGUAAAACUAAGUAUCGUGCAGCGUAAAUCUAUAAUUAUUUACGUACUUCAGCAUGCCCCCUAUUAAAUGAUUUUUUUCCGGUUGUAUAAAUAUUCAUAAAUCUGUAAUAAAUGACUACUAAACCAGUAGACAUUUUCUUGUUGAUUAUCAGUGCCCUUAAAUAUUCAAUUAUAUUUCAAACAAAACGUACAUACUGAUUUUUAUUAUUUUGAUCAUUCGGUGGAACUCUAUGUUUUCUUUCAAUUUUAUACUGAAACAAUGGGUAUUAUUCGGAUUUCCAAACGUUUCUAAUUCCGCAAUAUGCUUGAAGCCACUGAAUUGUUACAUUUGCAUUUAAAUUCUGCAAAUUACAAGACACAUUUAUACCGCGUAAAGGAAACCAUAUACUUUUCUACGAUAUUAGAAGAAAAAGAGGGAUGAUAAAAGUUAACAGUGAAUUUCAGCCAUAUUUUAAAUUUACAAACCACACUCGUAGAUGCAGCUACAUGAGAAGUUCUGAGUAGUCAUUUCGCGAUAUUAAAAGAUUUUACAAUAGAAAACUUUUUUUUAAAACCAGAAUAUAUACUUUUUAAGAGAAAAAAGGAAGUAAACGUCAGUUCGCAUCAAAUAUGCAAAACAAUUUAUAUCUUAUUUUACUAUUUGCAUAAAAUUAAAUUACAUUUUUAGAGGCAACAAAUGCAUGCUGUAUAAACAGUCAUUCUUUACACAGUUCAGGCUUUCCAGGCACAAAAAUUCAUUUUUAACAUCCGGCAUCCUGAGGAAACUGAUUUAUUAGAAAAUUGCGCUGCAAGAUGAUCAAUUUUCAAAAAGUUGUAGUAUUUCGAUUGAUAUAUCUUGAGUUCACCCCCAUGCUGCACCUCUGUUGCAUUUUUGCCUAAUCAACAUGGACAAUAAAGUUUAUUUUUUUAAAAAUUUAACAUCAUUUUAACAUUUAACAAGCAUACUCAAAUUGAAUUCUAUGUUUAACCUUCUUAUCUUCGCUUAAAAAGCCUGGCCAUCGUGUCCACGCACCGGAGGAAGCGUCUUUAUUAACGAUAUCUUACUAAGCAGAAUGCAUGCCACUACUGAAUUUUCAGCCGACCUUCCGUACACAGUCAACAGCAAAACGAAAAUCCAAAUGAUUAUUCAGCCUGACCCUGUACUACAUGCAUGCUUCCAUUUGAAUAAAAUUAAAGGAGCCGCAAUUGUAAAACUUGCAUGCAAUCUUGGGUUUCCGCGCAUUGACUGCAACGUACUUUUAAGGGUAGGCUAUCUUUAUUUGAUUCGUAUAUGUUUAUGUUCAUCAUAUGUUAUUUUAGUAUUUUAUUGAAAAGGUUGGAAAACAAUAUACUGUAUGCUUUUUUAUCCGACAGCGCAAACCGCCCGGUCGCAUAUGUUACAGAUGAUACUGCCAGCGCAUCUUAAAUAUCUUAGACAUAGGAAAAUCUGAAUAAGUAAAUUCUAUAUAAGUGCACGGAAUGCUGGAAUAAAAGUAAGCCUAGCGACUGACUGGGUCUAGACAAAAAGAGUGCUCUGAAAUGUGUCUAUAGUUGGAUUCAUUGCAGUUCAUAUUUGAUGCAUGGACGUUGACCUGAUAAAUUACAAUGGAUAUGUUUUAGGUUUUCUCUCGUGUACUUCGUAAACGUUUCUUGCAGGAAUAAUUAAUUAACUUUGUGCGUCAUUUGAUUAAUAGCUUUGGAUAAAAGCGAAACUUCCUUAAGAUAUUUUAAGUAUCAAAUGAGCCAGCGAACGCAGUUUAAUGCAUUUGAUAUCCAGAAAGCAGUGACCAAUUAUUUUUCGUGAUGUCACACAUAUAGUUAUAUAUGGAGCACAGCUUACUAGGCUGAAACAAGCUAAAGAUGUCAUAGAAUGACCCUCCCUGUAUAACCGGCAAGCUGCACCACCUAAACGAUAACGUAUAAAUUAAGGCUGCAAUGUCAACUGAAACGUUAUAAAAGGAAAUAUUUUACCUUUUUUUUAAAUAUGCGGACAAACAGUUAGUUUGAAAGGCAGUCAAAUUUAAUGUGAUGAAUAAGAACAAAAACUAAACCCUGUCUUACCUGGGUUCAGGUUAAGGAUGGCCUUGCUAGCUUGCUUGGACUCCCGUAUCGGACAGCGGAUUGGAUAAAAUUUCAACUUUUAAACAUUUCUGCGGUCGCCGAAUUUUACAUAAUUUCCAGUGAGCUGUCGAACGAGAGAAUAUUGCACCUUGAUGGAAUUGUUUUUUACACAAUAAACGCGAGCAUCACUCCCCGAGAAAGGACCACCUCGUGGCCUGCGAAUCUUCAGUGGAGGGACAAAGCCAUAAAUGAACUCAACCUUUUAGCGUCAAAUGCGGCUUCCAGCAAGUUAUUUAUAACAUGUCGCCUGUAAACUGGUGCUUGCACGCGCAAACGACCUGCAACUGAACGCAUGUAAUAUGAAGUCGAAUUAGGAUAAGUUUAGUCAGUGUCAUCCUUCAACAUCUUCGUAGCAUAAAGCAUGAUUCUUAUCUUUCCUCUUUUGACACGGUUGUGGAAACACAAGCAAACACGCUUUUGGGGUAACUGUAUGAUUGGGACGGACUUUCGACCGAUUUAUAAUCGAUAGUUUUUCCUGGGUAGCUUUAUUUUGUCUGUGCAUAAUCAAUCAAAGAAGCGUACUGCAGCUUCAAAAGGAAAAAAAUUUCGAAUAGACAUGCCAACGAUUCUACAUUAAUAAUGACAGAUUCAGCGAUUGUCAUGCAAUGUGACAUAAAGAGAAACUUUUUAGGUAUGUCACACAUGUUGCGUUUAAAUGAUAAGUCGUUUUUCAGAAAAAGGCUUUAAUAUUUAUGCCGCUUCUCUGCCCUCGCGAUCUGCACCUUAUACAAAAACGUAGGACGAGUGUUUGACCUAAGCCGAUGACGCUGACCAAAAGAAUCACCAUUAUUAUCUGGCCGUCAGCAUUGACAAAUAUCGCUGUCUUUUGAUGUUUUCUGCAUAUAUUAAACCUGCACCAAAAAUUUAACACGGAAUUACUAACGUUGAUUGUCAUUCUGCCAUUUUGGCACAAUGAUCUCAUUCGACAGUUAAUUUGCGGACUUUGGACACAAACGGUUUAGUCAUUCAUUUGGCCAAGAAUGUCAGCAAAACCGUCUUUACUUGUUAUUUCACCUGGGUUGUUGAAAUAAACCGUGUACGAAUUGUGUCGGUUUAAUCAUAAAACAUGAAGCACACUGUAUUUUGCCGGAAUGUAGAGUUGAAAUUUAAGAUACAACUAAAAGUAAUGAAAAAAUUUGAGCGAUUAAUUCUUCGGUACACCCAAUUGUACAGUAUAUUUUUGAGUCAAAACAUGAGUCUUAACAUAAUCAUAUGACAACUUGCAGGAGUAGAACUUUUGAUAAUAUACGAUUAAAGUUAUUAACAUGUUUGUUUAAGCGCAGCAAAAACAUUUAAACAAGCAUAGGCUGAUCAUUCUGGCAUAUCCCCUAUUUAUGUUUAUGUGUGUUGGCGAAUAAGUGAAAGUUUACAGUGAAUGACCGAUUUCAUAAAAUGUUGGUCAGAAGUCGACCGUGUGUUUCCAAUCAGAAAGGAUUAGAUAAGUCGAAAUGCAAUAGUGAUCAUCAUGUGGCAUAAACCUAUGAUAUUUCAGACUCCUUACAUUUUGCAUGUAUGUAUUUUCAAUCUCCUGUAAUAAAAAAUUUCGCAAAUGCAACGCGAGUUGUGAGAAUUAUUGUACUAUAGUUUUUGAUAGUCCUUUAAAUUUAAAUAUAUUUUACAGAUAUGUGGCACACAAAUAUACCUUCUAUUUUUCGUUCGGAAGAAGAUCCACUUUGAUUUAGACUAAAUAUCUAAAAAUGCUUGAUUGUUGGAUUUUAUAAAACUUUUAUGUAUGCUCAUGCAUACCCAGUCGCACAUGUCCGAUAACCAGUGCGCCUUAUAUAAUGGGUAAUAUAGUCUGUAUCCUCUAAAAUGUCUGUGAAUUUUAUAUGGUAUCUUCUCAUUAGUAUAGAGGAAAAUGUGAUAAUCCUUACAAAAAAUGCUUGCGUUUUGAAGACUAAGUGGCUAAACUAAAAAGAAACGGUUGUUUGGGUUCAAACGUAUUCGGAAAUUAAGAAACUUCUGAAAACCUUAACAUUUACAUUCUCAGUAUACAACUUAAAUUCGAUGUGAGUAUAUGCCAGUUGAGAUGAUAUAGCAUGUUUGGUAAAAGUGUUCUGUAAACUAUAUUAACAGUUAUAAGAUCAUCAAAAAUCAGUGUAAAAAAAUGUGCGCAAUUAAGCAGCCAUUUUUAAAAAGUGUAUUUUCUGCUGGUGGUUGAAGUGAUGUGCAUUCAACUGUCGACAACCAGAAGAGUUCGGAAUAUUUUAGGAUUUUGUCGUUGAAUAAUCAUUUAUUAACCCCACCCACUUAAUAAUUUUCAAUCCAGAACACAUUUUAAAAUUUCUGAAAAUAUUUCUUCGGUUCUGCUGGGCAACAAAUGUUUUCCGAAAUUGACUUACCUGUUCAUUAUAAAUAAUAACCAGCAAAGGUACCUAUAAGUUUACAGCGGUAUCUCUAGUUUGUUUAGCUGCAGCGGGACAUAUUUGAAAUAUUUUCUAAUUAUGCAAUAAUAUAGAUAAGCAGUUAUAAAUUGUGACUCUAGAUCUUGCCUCUACUUUGGCAAAAACGGGAAAGCCAUGCCAAUAGGUCAGUUUUGCGGGAAUAAGUACUUCAGGUCAGUGUGAUAAAAAUGGUAAAAGAUAACGUCUGAUAUUCUUAGACGUGGGGAGACCAUCUCAGUCAACAGUAUAUAUGCGGCAUUUGAUAUCGUUCACAAUGUUACAGCUUCAGACACGUUACAAAAAUGCGCUUCGAUUGCCUGAGUUACAUACGGACCUCUAACUAAUAGAUCAAAUAAGGAAACUAACCGCCGACGAUAAUGACGUUACAUGUUGCAUGCGUGGAAUCAUGUCUUCUCAAGUCCCCUAUAUCUCGAUGUGACUUCAACAUUUUUUCGAAUACUAACUAAGGUAAUUUGAAGAUAAGGUCAAGGAGGUAAGUAGUUGGUCAUACCCAACGUCUGGUUUCGCCUGAAGAAGAAAAAAUUAAAUGAUAUGCCAGAGUUAAAGUUGAGUUCUAAUUUGUGUUUCACCUUUCACGGUUUUGCAUAUGAGUCCUUCAAAUAUUCGCUGCUGGAUUUUUGAACCUGUUAAGGCAAACUGUGAGGUGCCAUAGCACGCCCAAUCGCAUUUUAUUAUUUAUUGUCAAAAAUGUGUGCUCGCACAUGCCGCUAAAUAUCGUGCAAUGUAAUGUCUUCGUAUUUACUCACUGUGAAUAAUUUCUCUGCGUACUUAAUUCCAACUUCUGUUGAUAUUACAUACUUUUUGCUGGAGUGUUUUUUUAUUAAAUAACCGCCAUAUUUAAAAUCAAGGAAAUGCAAUCUAUUACCAGAAAGUUUUUUGAAAUGCUUUUGGAUAAUUUGCACAUGUGGCGUCAUUAAAUUAUUGAUUUGAACCACCACAGCAGUAGCUGUUUAUUGUUAUCUCUAGAGAAUUGAUAUCAAUACGAUAUGGCAUACGGCUCACAAGUCGGCAUCAUACACAUGAACCCAUUUGCUUAUUUUACAAGAAUGCACCACAUUUAGACAGACACGUAACCUUUUUACAUUCAUUCACUGAGCAUAAUGCGCCGACGACCAUUCGCUCUAGGCAACGGUCGGAUAUAACUUAAUUUAGCAAACUCGUCUGCCGUUUUGUCGUAAUGCGUCACAAGACCCAAGCAUAAAUACAUAGUUAGCUGCCUCUGAGGUUAACUAUGUAGUUUUAGCCUAAGCGCACGAUGCAAAUUAAUUAUUUUGACUACCAUAUCUAAUAAUAAAUUUUGACCGGCGUCAUUUUUCAGAAUUACAGUUAACAUUUCAUGAGUGACGUAAACUUUCCGUAGUUUUUACAAAGGAGUAAAAUCCAAUUCGGUUUCGUAUUUGCACAUCCGGUUGCGGUCCAAAAUCAGAAAACGCAGCGUACCUCAAGGCCCGCAUUCAAUUUAAAAGAGGUGUAAACAGCUCUAAUAGUUAAAAUAUUUUUGGCCAUUGCACUGUGCUGGAAACAAUACAAAAAACUCAGCGCGACCGGUUUACGCAGUCCAUCAAACUGCUGCUCGAUGGGAAUAUACGUCUCUUCUGCAUUACUGCUUGCUUAUCAGCGUAAAUGUUGGCAUUCUUCGAAAGCCAAGUUACCGGCGUGACCUUUAUGAUUAAGUAGGAAAAUGUCGCAAUUACGUAAGCAAAAUUAUAUUAUGCAACGACACUGCGGGAACUAAAAAAUAUCCCAACGAAUAAUGUCAAAAACAUGCAUUUUUGAUCGCAGAUGGUGCUGAAUUAAUUAUGGAAACAGCUUCCGUGAACAGUACAUGACACCAAACUAGUACUGCGAUAACGAUAUUUCAUUAAUAAAGAAAAUUCCCAUAAAAAAUUACUCGCAUAACCUGGUGAAUGCACAAAUUGCAUAAAUCGGAAUUCCACCGCAAUAUAUUUCAAUCGCGGUCGCUUCCUUUGCGGCGGACUUUCUUGAAUGUUAGCAGUUCUUUCGUGACCUUAUAUUUGACAUAUUUUCAGCAAUGGCGAGUAUCGCAUGACAAGAAUUUUUAAAGCACUUUUACAUAUAUGAAAUAAUCUUUCGUCGAAAUUGCAAUUGCGCUAAUAUUAAUUAUGUACAAGCUACCUGGACUACGCCUCCUAUAGGAGAAAAUAAGACAUUUUUACGGUAUUUUGAAAAAGUCAAAUAAUAUCCAUAAUGUUUCUUUGAAAACAAAUCAUGCCGAAAGCUUUUAAACAGCAUUUUUUGAAUGGGCAGAUAUGCAUAUGGAUGAAUGGACAUUUUUAAGGUUGUCUGAUCCUACAUCAUAAAUGCCACUGUAUCGAAAUCAAAUGUUUUAUCGUCUGUGUGGUUUUGGAAAACCGAUGCGUGUAUACACGAAUUGUGUCUCGCAUAAUUCGACGAAAGCACACUUUGGCUGGUUUCCCGAUCACGUUUUGCCUCAAAUGAGGCGACCACAUGGGAAAUCAAAGUUGAUCUCAUUCAAAAACUUCAGACUUAUAUCAUGGGUGAUUGGCUGUUCAGGUUUAUUACUAUACUUGGACCAAUUUGAACUAGUCUGUCACGGCUGAUUACUUUACAUUGAUAGUCAGUAUAUGAAAACUAGACUUAGUGAGCUCUUUGCAUAGGAGUGCAGUUUACGGUGGGAAGAAUAUAGCAAAGACAGCUGACUUCGGAAAAUGUAGGCAAAAAAAUGUUAAUUCCAGGAAGGUGUUUAAAUAUUCCACUUAACUCUUAAAGAAAAGCACAGCUUUCACAAAAUGUUACACAAUUAUGCAGCCACUUAUAAUAAACUCGGUCGUAAAUUGACCCCAUUCAAAUGGGAGUAACCAAGCAUGAUUGGAAUACGUUUGAAUUAUCCGGCAUGCUGAUUAAUCAUGUCUUCCUAAAAAAAACCAUUGUUAAUUGAAGACAUAUUUUAUCCUGCCAGAUAAUUUUCCAUGGAUUAUGCGGCAAGAUAAUCGAUAUUGCAACUCUCUUAAGUUCUCCGUCCUAAUAGAAAACGCGUUUCAGAAUUUCAUUCGGCAUUUUAUGAGACUGCACUCUCACUGUAAUUCAACAUCUAAGUUAACAUUAUAUGAAAAAACACCUAUCCCGUUGCUGUCUACUUCGUAUUUCCAAAGUGAUGAGGUUGAACACAAAAAGUUUUUGCUUUAAUCUGCAAAUUUGAAACUUUGAAUGAUGUUUUAUCCCAGUCACCAGCUAAGGGCUGGUUUUAUGUCCAAGGCAAAUUUUGUCCACGUGUGUUACAUAGUUGAUAAAGAUUUGUGAAUGGUGACUGUGUGGUUAAAAUGACCUACGCCGUAGAUGCAGUAGACUAAAAUGUGACUAGAUCGGAGUCGGGCAGGUGUUAUCGAAAAUGUGCACCUGUAUGUCAUUGGAACACAUUCAAUGUUAUCAACAUUGAGAUUCUGUUGUCAGGCCAAUCUGCAGACACGUGCCGUGCCAAUAGCGAUCCAAGUCGUCCGUAUAUUUUCUUUUUUGUGCAAAAACUUUGUCAGAGUAAGUUAUUGACCAGGAAAUGUGGUGGUACGUCAAGGUGGGCGUUUUUGCUUUGUCAACUAUCUGCGUCCUCAACCACCUCCAGUACUUUCGCCUCGUUGGUGACAUCGGUCCCAGAUGAGGUCGAAAGUGAGGGUGCGGUAGAAUUUGCACUAGUUAAUUAAAACUAAAUGCUACCUCAAACUGUAGUUACCGUAACUGUUCUUAAGCUGUUUUGAUCACACGCGGAACAUCGGCGGCAGUGGCGGUCGAAUUGAUCUCAAUACGCAGUGCAAUUGGUUGGGUGUUUAGCACAGUUCUUGCAGAUGGACGCAUUCAGUUUACGCGUUUCUGUCUGUCAACGAUAUGAACAACAGAAAAACUUUCUGUCGGAAAGUAUGUGAAAGCUUGCGAAAUCACAUCAAUGAGACACAUUGCAGUCUGGUCAUUAUUGUAGUGAAUAUCGAAGCAGCAGGAUGUCACUAUAGGCUUCGGAAACAGGAGUCAGAAAAUCUGCCUUACGAGAAAGGAGUAAAAGUAGUUGUUCCAAGAGCUUUACUAACCUGAUAUUUCGGAUUUUUGCUCAAGUCAAUUAUCAGAGAAAUAGAGAGAGUCAAAAGGAGCAAUAAAUUGUCCAAGUGCUGUAGCCGGCAGCUACCAACUGCGAUAGGCAUGAGCGGCCUAACAACCACCUACGAUAAAUAAUGCGACACCUGAGCAGUUUACAACCAUCAUCGGACUAUGUUUUUGAUAAUGUUUGCGAGGAAGAAUCCGAUAAUGUGGUGUACAAAAAACUCUCGUUCAGUAAAUCGUGCAUAAUUUUUGAUGAAUAUAUCCCGGAAUUUGCCCUUUCGUUUCUAUUAGCAAAUGUGCCUUUCAUAAUUGUCCCAAAACAGCCCAGCGCACAAAAGCGCCCAGAGGACAUUUUAUACGUCCAUUUUGAUGCUAAAUAAUUUACCUUGGCUAAUUAAGCGUUAAGUUUAUGGUCGACGUAUUAACGUUUUAAGGGGCUUGUUCUCUUUUCCUACAACAACCAUGAUUAUGAAAAAACGGUUUGAGAAAAGUUCCAUUCAAUGAUUUAGAGUAUGCAGGAUUGACUCAUUUUGUUAAACUGAAAACACCGUACCAUCAAACGUUAUGCUGGCUAAUUACGAGCUAUUUUACAUUUGUUAUAUACUUCCAGGAAAUUCCUGCGUAACCGGUUGCCCAAUUAUCGUGUCUGAUGUUUGCCUUUAAAAGAAAAAGUCUUGAGAAAUAGUGUUCUAUUUACAACAAAGGCAGACGAUAUUUAAACCCAAACAGUCAGAAUCUUUUGAUGAAAAGGGCUUUCAGUGGUAAUAACAUUGAUGAGAUGAUACCGACAAAGACAAGGAGACCGAAAUGGCCAUUUCUGGCUUAUAAGCCGUCAUCAGCCAGUCAUACCCAACCCAAAAUGUGGAUCACUUGAGAUUCGAACUUGGGAUCUUUGGUCAUGGAGUUUGACGCUCUACCAUUGAGUUAUGGGCCCGUUGUCCUCUCGGUUGUGAUCGGGAAUAUUAAUUAUUCAUUAUGCACGGCGACUAGUUGCAGACAAAGAUAAGAUGAUACCGACAAAUAAAUUAUGACAGUGGGCGCUCGCCGAUGAGGUUACGAAACAUGCCCGUUCCGUUGUGCCUUGGGGCUUAUACUAGAACCCUCGCAGGCAGUCGCAGGCACAUUCAUAGGUGAUAAUAUUAUUUUGACAACUCCCCCCUCCUAGGUCCGCGUAUUUAAAAGAAGCCUUGUGCACUCACAGAAUCCAGAAAGGCCUCAUUUGCUUAUGUCCAACAGAUAAGUGGAAACGUUCAUUUACUAUGAACUAUGUUAAUUAGUAAGCGAUAUUCAAAACGCAAAAUCGCCAUGCGAAUAACGAACACAUAAGUUUGUGCAAAGAACAUACAUCCCUAAAAACGCUUGGCAAAUUUACAACGACUUUUUGAAUAUUUUUUUGGAAUUUAAUAAACACGAGCAGAAUAUUAUCUCUUAUUUAUGAAAUACUGAGGAAAUACAUUCAAGAACGAAAUACGAUGAGUCAUUGCAUUAGGGUGCGUGCAGAGCCUAAUAAUUCACUCAGGACUUUCGUUGAUCCUUGCAAAGAAAUGCAUUUGAAGGCAGAUUUUCGAUAGAAACCGUUUUAGAUAAACUGUGGUUCUUAUUCGUAUUUCGGCUUCCUAAUACAUAUAUAUGCUUCUUCUACUUCAGAAAGUCCGUUUUGGUAAUAUAUUCGCAUUAUUGAUUAAUUUUUCGUGAUUUUUUGUUUAAUGCUCUGCUGUUGCCCGUUAACGUGAUUGUCAGUUAUUUUUAUUGGUUCACAGUUUUCCAGUCAAUGAUAUUUGUCCUACACUAAUGUUCAGUUACAUUAGUUUGUGCAUACGCUGAUGCAACAUGUUAUGCACAGUGUUUCUGUUCCUGUUAUGCUUUCUCAAUGGCGACGACGCCUGUUCUUCACUACCUCGUAUGUUUUUCCUAUGUUACUGCCAAUUUACCUUUAUUAAAAUCGCGAAAUGCAUAAAUGACGACUGAGCUAUUUUUUUAAUGAACAUAUGAAUAUCUAGGCGUCUGUUUUUCGCGUGAUGUAAGUGUUUUGCUGCGCUGUAAUAUGUUAAGGUUAGGUCAGAGAUUACAUACGUUGUCUAACUAUGUUUUUAAAUUAUUUGUUUGCCGUAAAAUUCUUCCUGCAUCGUCUAACUAAAACCAGACAUUUUCCAGAAUCCUCAUAUUGUUUUGAUUUAAUCUCAGUAGAGCUGUUAUUUACUGAUUGACACAAGCAGUGCAAAGUUACUCCCUGUCUGAUCUACUAAAUUUUAUAUUUGUGUGUAAUGGUGGCGAUAAGCAGUUUUUCUAUGAAAUAAUUACUACACAACUAGCAGACAGUAUACACAAAGAUGUCGGGAGCUAUUAACUAGCCGACCGCAUCAUUCUAAUGCGGUUGACUUAAUUUCCUUGCAGACGUUGAGAACUGUCCGCGUGAAAACGGUAUACUUCGAGUUGGCACUGUUGCUGCACACCUCAUCAACCAAAUUUCUUCGCUAAUUAUGACAGAAGGAGAAUGCAAAUUAAUCAAGCCUUCUUAUAACGCCAGCCUUUCUGGCAGUACACUUGUUUAUAAUUGUCAACCGCCCUGGCCUGUACUGUAUAAGCGUUCUAGAGCAUACUCCUGCGAUGUCGUCUGGAAUAGCGUCAUGUGCACUCGGAAUCAGGUAUAAAUUCAUCUGGAGUAUCAACUUAAUAUUGCUGCCGUAUGAUUUGUCAUAAAAAAAGCUUACAGGAUAUUGUAAACCUCGACCUCAUUUAGGGCGGUAAGAAGAGCUAUGACAAUGGACCGGCUAAUAGUCGCGUUUUUUUCGAAAUAUCAAACUGGAAUACGUCAACGUAUGGGCCAAACAUCAUAGGCGUUACCAAAAUACAUCACCCAGACUUUCUAGCAGCCGCGAAAAAAAUUCUGAAUCCAAACCGACCGAAACAUUCUACACGAAAGAACGAGCCGGUGAUGUCAAUGAGGUCCAUUCCCCUCAAACCUGUGCACUGCAAAAUCUAGCUGCUUCCCAUCAUUUGGCAUUGCCAAUCUUGUCGAAGCCCACAUUGUAACCUUCAGCUGCGCUUAGAUAAUAAAGUAUUUGCAUCAGGCUCUUGAGACACGUUUUGUCUUUAUUUAGCUCCAAGUUGUUUUUUAGCUACUAAUAGAUAAUUUAAUAAAACAUGCAUAGCAAUCAGUUACUUUACUUCCUAUGAUACCUAAGGGCCGCUUUAUAAAUAACAUCUACUUUUUAGGGUCAAUCUUCAUGUAUUUACCGUGUGUCACAAGUUCUUCUGCGAGAAAAGUUUGGAAAAUUCAGGCCACCAGCCUCGCUAGUCGCUGGUAACUUCUUGCGAUACUGACAAAGCUGCUGUCUGGUGCACAUAUACAAGGCAGAUUGUAUAAAAGACAGUUUUGAAGACCGUUUUGAUAAGCCCAGGACGGUCCGUUUGAGGCAUGCAUGUGACACUGACCGACUUCUGUCUAAAUUCAUGAUCAACCUUGUGUGAACUGUCUGCAGAAAGGCCAAAGUAGGCGACUGUGUGUUAACAUUUGUCUUAGAUGAUGUAGACGUGAUGUGUCAUACUUCCUUACACUAGUGGAAAAUUCACUAACGUUUGGUGGGUAUACGACCGCUGCUUUAUCGUUUCCUAAGCGACAAACGGACGAUGUUUAAAUUCGUACUUCUAAAUGCAGGCGUGGCAUAUUUAACUUAAUCUACUGACGAAGAAUAUAGAUCCUUGUCCUGAACCUAUUAAAGGAGAAUGGUAUCACAUAUGUCAUGAGAUUCAUGUAAAUGGCAGGCCUUGUGGCUUUCAAGUACUUAUGUUAUGAUGUCCGCAGCGGCAUUAGUUUGAGCAAAAAGUUUUUUCCUGGUUAACUACCGCUGAGAAGUAUCCUCUCGAAUCACAUGUGAAUGUUCUAUCUGCUGACAUCAAGGAUGUUGUUGGGUGUGUGAUGUUUUUGUGCUGCCGUGGAAGAAGCACCGGUAAAGUUCAAUCAUUGUCACUGGAUAACCUUCUUUAUCGGAAGAAAAAAAACCAUUUGUGCCGCGUUUGGUAGACCUAGAGAUGUGGGAGCUGACAACAAGCAAAUGACAUAGGGAAACACUAGAAGUCCAUUUUCGAUCGUCAGUUGUUUCAAUAAGUUCGAUUGAGGAUCUGCUGUUAUGACUUCAAAAGUUAAUAAAUCAUCUUAAGUUCGUCGAUUGGCCUAUCUUUAGCAAAUAACAGGAAAUAAGAUAUUCUUCCGAACGCUGUUAAGAACCACGGGAAUGUCUUAAACGAAAUUAUUGGAGGUGUAAAUGCUUUGAAGACGAACGAUGCUAAAGGGCAUGCAAUGUGUGCCAUUGGCCGAUGAGUCCAGUUUGUCCGACCUCGAGAUGAAACCGUAGGUAUCCCCAACAUAUGGCUUCUUCGCUGCAAUAAGAAUCACUUUUGGUGUUAAUAUAGCCCUCUUAGGGCGUAAAAUAUUUGCUAUUUUGCGGGAUUUUCUGGGCAGUUCAUGUACAGUGAGUGACGUAUCUCAUGAAAUAUUGGCUGAAAUUCGGAAAUGCGUUUUCGAUAAGAAGGAUUACUUGGUCACGGUUGUAAUACUGACUAUCUUGCGGCAUAUCCUUAUAGCAUUUCGGAAUUGGUAGGAUGUCGGCUUUUAAAUGCACUUCUUUUCAAUCUCCAAUAGAAAGUUUAAUCGUAAAAAAUGACCACUUAAUUGACAUGCCUCUUUUCUAUUGAUUUGUGAUGGUCUUGCAAAUUCAAAUGUAUUUUAUAGAAACUAUGAAUAAAAAUAUGCUUAUUUUUAGUCAAUCAAUAAAAUAAUCACGCUUUCUUUAUAUAUUCUACUUAGGUAAAACUAUAAUAACGUUUCAAAAACGUUUCUAAAUAUAAGACUUUUUAAGACCCCGAAAUGUCAAUUCACACAGCAUCGUACCUGGCCGUUUACCACUGCUCCUCAUGUAAUGAACAACAUAGUUUGCAUCCAUUGCAAAAUUUUAUGGACUCUGCAUGAUAUCCCUUUAAUAGCAUAGAAGAAUAUGUGAUUUUUUACGCGGAACGCAUGCACCUUGCAGACUGAAAUUACUAAGCACUAAUGCAACGAAUGAUCAGGCUACAAAUUAUUCGGCAAUAAAAAACUCUUUUUAAACCUUAUUAUACUCAUUUCUUAAGUAUAUAAUAUAAAAAAGACGAAACUCGCUAUUGAAUGACUCAAAAAAGAAUAUUUUUGUUUGUUGUUUCUAUAAAAUAUAUUUGAAUUUCUAAGGCCAUCGAAAAUCAAUAGGAAAAAUGCAUGCAACUUAAGUAGGCAUUUUUUACGAUUACGCUUUUUAUUGGAGAUUGAAAAGAAGUGCAUUUAAAAGCCGACGCCCUGCCUAUUCCGAAAUUUUAUAAGGGUAUGCCGCAAAAUAGUGAGUAUUAAAACCGCGACCAAGUAAUCCUUCUUAUCGAAAAUGCAUUUCAGAAUUUCAGCCAAAAUUCCAUGAGAUAGGUCACUGGCUGUAAUUAGUUUAUCUAUCCGGCAGACAUCGUAAAAACUGACUUGUGAGAUCAUUCAGAAAACUAUAGGGAGAGAGAACGCAGCAUACAAGGAAUUACUAGGAACCAUUUGAUGUUGAUGGUAACCGAAGUUCAUUUUUAAAUAAACCUGCGAAUUCGCCACUGCACACAUGAUAUUUACUGCACAUGUAACCGCAGCCUGUUUACUCACUUAUAAAACCUAGUCAAAUAACAAGACUAUCCAUGCCUUUAGAUUUUUAUUAGAUAAACCUUUAUUCAUACAUGCAAGAGCCGACAUAUCGUGUUUAGUUGGGUUUAAUGUUGAAAACAUUAUACAUUAUACGAUUGGGAAUAAAGCGGAUAACCUAGAUGCAAAAAAUGCUAAGUUAUUUUAGUUUCUACUGGAUUAUGCCUCUUAAAGUCCCCUAUACUUAGUAUUCUGUGAGGACCGCAGUUAGUAAAAAGGACAGCAUAAAUAGCACGAACAAGGUUUAUCGGUUUUUGACAUUACUGUAAAUUUAAAUGCUUUUACUUUUGGGCACACAUAAAAGUAUACACUAAACUAUCCUUUUUAAAUUCGGUGCUGCAAUUGAUGUAUAUUUUUUCGGUUUACAACAUGUGUGUUACCAUACAAUUUCAGGCUUGUAGAAAAUGUUAUCAAGUAAUAUCAUUUGCUGUCUUUCCGACAGCCUUAAUGAAUAUGUCCGGUGAACUUGUGUCAAGGCCUCACUACCUCAAAGAAACUUACAUCUUACAGUGUAUGGUAUUAACAUGCUGCCGCAAAAAUGUUCCUUACAAAGGUGACAUCCCGCUGCUACUGAUUUCAUAUAGACUUACGCUGCUUGCUGAUUAGUUUUACAACCCCUUUUAAUUGAUCUUAGCGAAACGAAAACGCAUUUCGAAAUUCCGUUUAACAUUUCAUAAGUUAGUUUACCUACAGCACAUAGUGUUUAUCAUUUGGAAAUGAAUUCCACUUUCGUUGUAGUCACUUCAUUUAAUUACAUACUGAUCGUACCAACCAUGACUGCUAAGGCCGAAAAAAGGUGUAAUUUUCAUAGAAUAGAUUUAAUUAUUUGGGAACACAUGACCGUUCCCCUUUAUGUUUGCCAUCUUUUAUACAGGCACAUAUGAGUGCUUGAUCAGGGUCGUGUUCAUGCACGGCAGUACGACAGCACAGUUUGUGGUCGGAGGUGUUUUUCUGUGUACCACGAUCACCGUGGCCGUUUUAAUCGAUACCAAACGCGCGUCUCUUUUGCAGUCAGAGGUGACUGUGACGACUGGUGUUCUUUUGCCAGUGGUGUUUUUACUGCGUGAUCUUUUUGGAAGGUCAGCGCGUCUAGACUCGCGCACAACAGCAGAAAUGCUAAAAGUCACUGCGAUCGGGCGUCGACUUGUCAGCGCUGAUAUGCACUCAGAGCGCUUCUAACAACUCACCUUUCCACCCAAGUCUUCCUCUGCAAGCGCACUAAACACACAAAAUAACGACUCCAAAUUUUUAAUGUCUUUUUGAAGAGAAACGGUUGCUUGCUGGGGCAGCCACAAGGCCAAAUUUCAAUUGACCACUGAUCAAGUAAAGAUCGGCUACACAAUUAUUUGACACACUGACAAUUAUAUAAGGAAUAAAAUUAGACAACUGUUUUCGUUAGUGGGCGUAGAAAAUAAUCUCCUGAGAAGAUAACUAAACUAGGCAUUUUUUACUCUUUUAACCACCAGAGAUUUAGCUAAUGAACAAAAACCCUAUUUUGACGGAGAAUGGAAAGCUAGUUUCGGAAAGACAUAGUUUAGUAGACCAACCUGAUGGACACAAUAUUGAUAAGAUUGAGAGAAAGAAAGGACUGCUUUAUUUUGAAAAUAACUUUCAAAACUUUCAACAAAAACGGGUCUCCAGUACACAGUGAUUACCAUAGAGAUUAACAGGUAUUGGACAGGUGGACAUGAUUAUAUAUGUAGAAAAAAGGACUUUAAGGUGCAAAAUCGAGUUUUAAUUUUUGUUUUUCAACAUCUUUGCGGGUGAGAUACCGGGCUAGAAAUUGAAGUAUGGAAUUCCGAUAGGCCGAAGUGCGACAAGGGAUGUGGCGGAAGCAUCGAUGCAUGGGGCGUAAGGAUUUCGCGGCCAUUAACUCAUUAUGAAGGGGAUGGACGUUGUCAUUCAGAAUUCGGUCAGCGAAAUGCUCCACCGAGUUGAAGUGUCGCUGCACGAUGAUAUCAACUAAAUAUGCUAGGAAACACCAGCAGCAGAGGCGCGCAUUCGAAUGACCCGUUUAUUGUUAUCUGUUGUAUUUAGGGGUUAGAGUUAGGAAUCAGGAUUAGGACUAAGGGUUAAGGAUAAGAGGUUAGAUUUACUCCUUACAGAUCUGAUAUAGUAGGUUUCCGGGGUGAACGGAUAUCCAAAGAACACAAAAACACAUUCUGGAAGGCUUCCUAGAGGGUGAAAUAAAAAACCUGAAUGGCGCCACCGCGGCAAACAUGAUUGGUCCUAGGCAUCGCUUGGACCACGAAGGAAUUUCCGCCUUAUCUACAGUGCCUCACUAAACUGCCUUAAGUAACUAGGUUAGCGUCUGCCAGCAGCACAAUGUGACGGUCAUAAAGCUAUAAAAGCAGGUCUCAUACGCACAGAAGAAUCUGAAACAAGCUCCUCCACGUCUACAGUGAUUAAAUGUCGGCUAAAUGCAUGCACGGCUACGCGACCUCUCUCGCCAAUCUCUCUCAUGCCUUUUUGCCCACUGUAUCUUAAUUCUAACCCUCUUCUAUUCUUACACCCAUCCUUAUGGAAAGACGAACUUCAGUCGAAUUAUUUCAAAUCUCUUUUGAUGUUCUUGUAUCCCAUUACCCUGUAAAUAUACUUGGUCAAUUGGGAUUUGUCGAAGGUUCGCCUAAGCACGCAAAUCGGUCUUUAAAGCUAUAAAAGACAAGCGCCAGUCAUAGUUAUUUAAUCUUGCAGUGAGUGAGACCCACUACCUGACCUUUGCUUUAGGCAAAUAUGUCGCUCCAUAUUUAUGAAGACGAAUUAUUUACUAGCAAUGGAUAUAAUUACAGUGCUAUCUAAAUUUCUGAGCAUUUAUGUGGAUGCUUCUCGUUGACAUUUUGUAGGAUUCAUCUGCAUAUUUAGAAUCACGUCUCGGUGGCACGUUGCUGCCAAAAUAUAGAGUACUCUGUACAAAUAAGCUCUGUUAUGGCUGUUUGCUGUAAAAUAAGGUCGAGACCGAAAAAUCGCCUUAGUCGUAUUAUAGAACUGCGGACAGAAAAACGAUUGCAUUUGUCAAAUUUUCAUUGGAACUUCAUGCACAAACAGUUCCGUUAUUCACGACGAUGUCUCUGUCAGUUAAAUUUCGAAAAAAGGAAAUAUUUUCGCAUUCCGUCCCUUACAAGAUUAAAUCGUAGUAGACAAAUAUUAUGCGUUGGUCACAAAAGCAGACAAUAAAACAUGUGUCACAGUUUGUUGAGGUUAAGCGCACUAUAGGCAUUCAAAAUAAUUGUCGCAGAUCAGACGGUGAUUAAAACACAGAAAACUGCUUUUAAAUUCAAACAACUGAUAAUGGCUUAUUUACAGUAAUAGAGUGACAUAAAUUUCUUUAUCGGGCAUCUCCUAAACCUCUAAGUAAUAGCUUUUUUGCAUAAGGAUAAGAUAUUUUAACGAAUUGGUUUUAUUUCGCAUGACUGGAAAGCAGAGGGUUUUAUAAAAUAUAUAUUGAAUGCGUAGCGCUUACUUCGUUACAUAUAUCUCGAUCAAAUGUGGACGAUUGAAUCAGCAAUGUUUGUGUCAAAUUCGCUAAUGAUUAGUGCAGUAGGUAUGCACAAUAGGUGUAAAAACACAUGAGACGUCAACCAAAAUUUCGAAAUGCGUUCUUGUUUAGAAAAGAUAAAUAAAUAAGUUUUGUAAAAUAAAUCAUGAUGCAGCACAAAUGUUUAAUAAUUAAGUUACCUCUGGGUGCCAGCAUUCGAAAGUACUUAUUUUCGGCUGCAUGCAAUGUCUAUACUUUGCAAAAAAAUACUUAAGUAGCAUUCAAUUUUCUCAUUGAUUUUCGAUGCCCUUGAAAAUUAAAGUAUAUUUUAUAGACAACAUGCAUAAAAAGAAUGAUUUUUUUAACUCAUUCGGUAAAAAAUCUCGUCUUCUUACGAUUUCAUACUCCAAAGAAGAGUAUGAUUCCGUUUAAAAGAAUUUUUUUCUAAUUCCUGAUUACUUAUGAACCCGAACGGGUGUUACACUUGCAUUCAGAGUUUCGAAGCUACCAGCCAUGUACGGAAAACCAUGCAUUUCUCUAUUGUGUUGAGAGGAGUCUAUAAGAGGUUCAUAAAAGGUAGCAGCGAUUUGAGCGAUAUUGUAAACUUAAGAAGCCACAUUCGUAAAUGCAGAUACACGACGCUUCAUGAACGGCCAUUUAACGGUAUUAAAAAUCUCACAAUUAAAAUCUUUUUUAAAACUGAAUUAAACUAUUCUGUUAAGCAUGCAAGUGAAAGGAGACGUGUUUUUACCAAAUGGAUACUUUAUGCAUUUUUUCCAUGAAAUAUAAUUGACUUUUCAACAGCAUUGGAAAUCAAUGAAAAAAUUGCAUGCUACAUUCGAAGUCAUUUUUUGCAAAGUAUAGAUCUUGCAUGCAGCCAAAUAUACGUUUUUUCGAAAGCCAAAAUGCUGAGGUAACUGGAUUAUUAUAUAGUGACAUAACUCAUGAAAUUUGUCGAAAUUUACGAAUGAUUGCACACCAUUUGCAAACCGACACCAUUUCAUGAGUCAAAUGUCUAUGAUAAUUAAGUAUCAGUUGUAAAGAAUUAAAAAAACUAAGGAAAUAUUAUAGGCAGUGUUGCGUUGUUUAGCAAUUCCCAUUCACUUUGAAAAGCCCAGUAUCCCAAAAAAGUCAGAAACGACCCUAAUUAAAUAAAGUUCGUUUUCAGGUGUAUAAAAUGUGUUCGCAUAACAAAAACAUAGAAAAUAUGAAAGUAAACAUAAAAUAACGUCUUAUAGCAGUGUUUUAGUAAAGUUUACUUCUAAAUAUCGUUUAAUAAGUAGUGACCGUUUUCGAACUGCCUAAAUUUUGAGUGCAUAUUCCGAAACCGUCUUCCAGUCCGUAGUGUCCUUUUUAGCGCACAUGAAGUAAUUGGCACAGGUAUCGACAAGAUAUGGGGGAAUUUGCUUGAUUUCAUCGAGUAAGGCCGGUCGGUUCCUAAAAAUUUAGAAAGAACUGCCAGUUAUAAUUGCAAACAUACCAGUUCCUGUUUAUAAAUAGCAAUUUUUUCCGUUUAAUUAAUUUAUAUUUUAUGUUCGUUUUUGAUUGCGCUGACUUUCAGAUCAGCCUCGAAAUGUUACUGCUUACCUCAUGAUUUUCAGUUCUUUUAUCCGAUUGCCCAUAAAGACAGAUUCUGAAUUACCUGUUUGUUGCGAACAUUAAAGUAGGAUUGCUUUUGAAGUCAUUUACCGAGUUAGUGAGCGUUUGCACGCUUCUUUUCACAAAAAUUGUCAUUUAGGCCACACGGAAAGAAACAUUUCAACAUCAAACUCCAUUUUUGAAAAAAACUGGCUGUCCACAACGAAAGUCAGCAACGAAAAUUCCUUCGAACAUUAAGAAAGCGUUUCAUAAUAAGUCACCUCUUUAAAUAGUGCUUUAAUACUGAACUCCGUUGACGGAUCUCUGUGUAAUUUGAAUUUUUCCAUGGAGUGACGAGUAACAAUUUAACACGUUUGGCUUUUUUUAACGCCUCUAAGCAAUUUAAAAAUUUUUUACCGUAAACCCAAGAAAAUACCUUCCUCUAUACGCACAGGCCAUUUUUACUGUUUUUGCUUGCUUUUAGACUCCGUUCUUUGAUUUUGAUUGCAUGGAUGGGCACCCAUAUAAAUGCGUAUAUUUUGCUGAAACUGUGAAUGUUCUGUUCGUUUUAUUCCUGAAUAAAGUAUGCACAUAAUCUAAACUACACGAUAAGUAAUUUUUCACAUGUUUAAAUUACCAUUCCAUGGUGGUCACCCAUGUGACAUCAGGAAGAGGUUUACAAACGGAAAAACAAUUUCAGCCCAUUUAAACAAAGGAAUCCAUAUCUGCGUUUUAACUGUAUUUUUGGACACCAAAUCGCACAUAACUACUAUUUUGACACAUUUAAAUUGAUAAAACCUCUGGUUUUUAUGAACUUACAUUUUUUACUGCUUGAUCGCCAUGGUGAACAUCGGGCAUAAAAUAAAAUUUCUAAUUCGGAUAAGUCUGUUUGUAUAAACUCUUACGGCUAAAUUACUGUCCUUUCACAAUAGAAAAAGUCGUUUAGAUGCGUAAUCGGGAUCUAGGACAUGUAUUAGCAUAAGAUAUUGCACGAAUAUAUUCCAAUGUUCAUUUUUGCUUAUAUGUAUUGAUAUUUUCCUUUAUAUAAUUUCGUAAACACAAUUUCUGCACAAGAAUAGGACAUUUUAUUUAAGGAAGCGGAUGAGCAAACAAAUUCUCUACGUUAAAUGCGUCCAAAAAAUCUUUCAUUAGAUGCCUUUAUAAGAUUUCAUGAGGUACGUCACGCACUGCAAAUUUGUGCUGCAUUAUGAUUAGUUUUACAACACAAUUUAUUGUUUCUAAACGCAGAACACCGCCUCAUCCUAAAGAAAACGUUCUUCUGUCUGCCGGACCGAGAGAAGGCCACUUGGAGGCAUCCUCGGUCGCGUCAGUGGCACCUGCUGGACUAUGUCCUCGGCCGGAGGCGAGAUCAGCGGGACUUGCUGGUGACAAAGGGUAUCGCGGGCGCCGAAGUGUGAACCGACCAUUGCCUCGUCAUUGCGAAGAUGCGUAUUCGCCUACAGCCUCGCAGGAGACCACAAGGUAAGCGACCCCCAGGUAAGCUGAAUGUUGCUAUGUUGUCUUUGUCCGCUCAUCAUCUUCAUUUCAGCAAUGAGCUACCUCAACGACUAGGCAACCUUCCAAUCGCUGCCACCGACGACGCAGCCGCUGCCGAGAACGCAUCCGUGGAGAACCGCUAGUGUCAACUGCGAGACACGGUCCAGUCGACAGCGCUCGCCGUCCUUGGUCGUGCUCCCCGCUAAUACCAGGACUGGUUCGUCGACAACGACGCCGCCAUCAGAAAUCUGCUAGCUGAGAAGAACCGCCUACACAAAGUCUACGUAGAUCACACCACUGAUUCCACCAAAGCUGCCUUCUACCGCAGUUGCCGCCAAAUUCAGCAACGACUGCGCGAGAUGCAGGACGCCUGGACUGCUAGUAAAGCUGAGGAGAUCGAAGGCUAUGCGGACCGCAACGAAUUGAAGAACUUCUUCUCUGCGAUCAAAGCUGUCUACGGUCCGCCGACGAAGGGCACCGCUCCUCUCCUCAGCACCGACGGCAACACUCUCCUGACUGAGAAGACACAAAUUCUACAGCGCUGGGCUGAGCAUUUCCGAGGCCUCCUCAACCGCCCCUCCGCCAUCUCCGACGCCGCCAUCGAGCGUUUGCCGCAAGUGGAGACCAACGUUGACCUCGACCUCCCGCCAUGA